GUUUCUCUAUGGUCUCAGUUGCCCGGAUCCUUCGAUGUUAGCUUUGGACUUCAUCCACUCAGACUUGCUCGUGUUCUUGCGAGGCUCUAAACGGAUGGGAUUCUUUUUGCUGAUCUUUGGCCUGGUUUGAUUGGGAUUCCCUUUGCUAGUGCCGGACCCCAUUCAAACUGACUUAUCCUCAUUUCCGCAGGCGCCUGCAUACUCAGGAUCGCCUCUCUCAGCCUUUGGCCUAACUUGACUUGAAUUCUCCUCAUCGGUCAUGGACCUUGGAACUAUGGGCUCCUCCUUGUUGUCGCACGCGAUGGCAAGGCCCGGAUUGGCAGCUUUGAUCUAUGGAAUCACCCGUUUGGGUCCCUUCUUGUUGACCUUGGACUUCUUUCAGCCUGGCUUCUCGCUUCCCACGCGAUCCUUCGUGCACUUGGACUCUGCGACGUUCACCUAUGGCAUGGGGUGUCCAGGAUUUCCCUCAUCAAUCCUUGACCUUGUUCAUAUCGACUCCAGCUUGUUUGUGAGAUCUCCAGUUCGACCUGACCUCGUGAUGUUUGUCUACGGCAUGCAGAGGCUUGGCCUGCCACUCCUUGCCUCAGACCUUGUGCAUAUCGGCUUUUUGGCGUCCUUCAGAGCUUUCUCAAGGUUAGGCUUGGUUCUGUCGCCCUAUGGCAUGUCAUGCCUUGACUCGGUGGCAUCGGCCCUGGAUUCCCUGACCUGUGGAUCGGCGGUGCCCUUGCGAGCCUAUGCACACUUCGGGUCGGCGAUCUCCGCGUAUGGCAUGGGGCGCUUGGGCUCCUCGUCACUGGCGUUGGACUUCGUCAAGAUCGAUUUGGCCUCUUUGCUGAAGAGCCACGUGCGCGUGGGCCUGAUCUCGUCCGCCUAUGGCUUGGCUUGCACUGGAUUUUUCACGCUGGCGCUGGAUCACGUGAGUUGUGGAUCGGCCCUACUGUCGCGUGGCUUGAUGCCUGGUAGCAUCAUGUUGGUCUUGGACUUUGUGCACUUGGACUCAGUGUUGUCGGCCAAGGGCCUUGUUCGUUCAGGCUUCUUGCCGUUGAUCUACGGACUAUCAACGCCAGGAUUUUUGCUGUUGGUGAUUGACUUUGUGAAUCUAGACCUCGCCUUGUUCACGCGGUCUUAUGCCCAGGUUGGCUCAAGCCUCUUGGUCUAUGGCAUGCUUCGGCUUGGCUUCUCGCCAUCCAUUUUGGACUUUGUGCACUUGGGUUUGUUCUUGUUCUUGCGAUCUUUCGCUUAUUCGGAACGGGAGAUGCCGGUCUAUGGCAUGUCGAGAUCGGGCUUGCCUCCGUUGGCGUUGGACUUUGCAACUCUGGGUCCGAGCUUUUCACUGCGAAGCUUCGCAUAUUCGGACUUGCUGCUGUCGACUUAUGGCAUGUCCUGCCUAGGCUUGUCACCGUCUUCGCCCGACUUCCUGCACCUGGACUUCGCCUUGCUUCCGCGAGCACACUGCCAACUGGGCCUUUUUCCAUUGGUCUUUGGCAUGACUUGCUUGGGCUUCCCACUGCUGGUGCCAGACCUCGUCGGAAUGGGCUUCUCCCCUUCCUUGCGGAGCUUUUCACGACCUGGAUCGACGUACUCGCCCUAUGGCCUUUGCCGCUCAGGUGACAUGGCAUCUGUCUUGGACUUCAUGCAGUUUGAGAGCUUAUCGUUCAUUCGAGGCUAUCAGCGAAUUGGCUUGGCCUUGCUGGCUUAUGGCAUCCACAUUCGCCUGGGCUUCGCUUCUUUGGCCUAUGGCAUGGCUCGACUGGACUUCUCGUUGUUGGUCUCGGACUACUUCGCCUUAGGCAGCUCCUUGUUGACGAGGGCCACGUCACGCUUGGGUUCGACGCCCUCGGCCUAUGGCAUGGGACGUUCGGGCUCCUCCUCGUUGGCCUUGGACUUCGUGACAGUGGGCUCGGCCUCCUUCUUGCGGGGCCUCGCGCGGCUGGGCUCGUCGACGUCCAUCUACGGCAUGUGCGUGGUCACCGAGGGCUUCCGGACAAGUGGCUAUGCCGAGUUCUUGAGCUCGUAUUCUGUGCGGAGCUUUGCACGCUUAGAGCUGUCGUCGUUGGUCUAUGGCAUCUCUUGCUUGGCGUUCUUUCCAUUGGCGUUGGAUCUGGUGCAGAUCGGAUUCGCUCCGCCCCUGCAAGGCUUUGCUUGUUUGGAGCUCUUCUUGUUGGUCUAUGGCAUGGCUUGCUUGGAGUUGCCUUUGUCCAUCCUGGACUUCGUGAACAUGGGAUUGCUGAUGCCUGCAUGUAGCUUCCUAAGAACUGGCAGAAUUCUGUCAGCUUUCGAUUAUGGCACCAUGCAAAGCUCUCUCUCCUUGAGAGGCUUUGGCAGGUUAGGCUUUUCGACGUCGGUCUAUGGGAUGAUGAGGUCGGGAUUGCAGUUGCCUGCCUUGGACUUUGUACACACGGACUCAUCCUUGCUGCCACAAGGCUCUUCGUGGCUUGACUUUGUGGCAUCCGUUUAUGGGAUGGUCUGCAUGGACUUCUCCUUAUUCGUGCUUGACCACGCUAUCAUGGAAUCCUCAUCCUUCUUGCAGGGCCAUGGAUGCAUAGGGCUACCGCUCUUGGUCUUUGGCAUGACAUGCUCAGGUUCUUCCUCACUGGUCUUGGACCGGAUAGGCUUGGGCUUUUCCUUGCCACCACACGGCUUCAUGUGCCCCGGCCUCCCCGUCUUAGCCUUUGGCAUGGCUCGCUUGGAGCUCCUGUUGCCGGCCUCGAAUCCUGUGGAGAUUGGUUCGCCGCCCUUGUUACGGAGCUUCGCCCAUCCGGGUUUGGCCACGCCACCGUCUGGUGUGAUGUGCCCAGACUCGCCGACGUCGAUGUCGGAUUCUAUCCAUGUGGACUUGGCCACGUCCUUGCGCGGUCCUGCUCGACUCGAGCUCAUUCUAUUCGCAUAUGGUGUGUCGCUGUCAGGCUUCUCUCUGCUGGUUCUUGAUCUUGUGCAACUGGACUCAAUGGUGCUGCUACAGGCUUGGACUCGACUUGACUUGGCCUCAUCAACCUAUGGCAUGACAUGCCCCGGCUUCAGUUUGCCAAUUCUGGAUUCCGUCCAUUUGGGGCUCUUGCUGCUGUUGCACUACUACUGCCGCAUCGGAUUGAUGCUGUUCGCUUAUGGCAUGGCUUGCUUGGGUUCGUUGCUGCCUUUGUCAGACUAUGUGAGCUUCUUCUUGUCGCUUCGGGGUCCUUCACGCUUGGGCUUCCCGCUCUUGGCUUCCGGAGUCAGCCGCUCGGACUUCUCGCCGCUGGUGCUGGACCUCAUCCAGCUGGACAGCUUCAUGUCGUUGCAUGGGCUCAUGUGCUCGGAGCCGCUGCUUUCGGUCUAUGGCAUCGCCAGCCUCGGAUCGUCUCCGUUGGCCUUAGAUCUUGUGAAUCUGGACUUCUUCUUGCCACCGCAGAGCCUUUUGUGCUUGGGCUUCUUGUUGUCAGUGUUUGGGCUGACCUGCUUGGGACUUCUGUUGCCGGUCUUGGACUUCCUGCACUUGGACUUCUGCUUGUCGCCCCAAGGCUUCGCAUGCUCGGAGAGCUCAACCUUGGCCUUUGGCAUGUCCAAAUUAGACUUCUCGCUCUUAGCUUGCGACCCCUUAAGCAUUGGCUCGAUCUCAUCACUGCAAAGCUUCUCCCAAAUUGAUUCCAUCAUGUCAGUCUUUGGCAUGACCAGAUUGGGCUUCUUGCCGUUGACCUCAGACUUUAUCCACUCAGACUCCGCUUUGCCACUUCGAGGCCUUGUGUGUGCCGAAAGCUUCUCGUCGGCCUUUGGCAUGACGUGUUUGGGCUUCCCGUCGUCGGCCGUGGAUUCCAUUCAAAUCGAUCUCCCUUUGUCUUUGCGAGGGUUUCUCCGAUCUGAAUCUCCGCAGUUGACCUAUGGAAUGACUCGGCUGGGACUGCUCUUGUUGGUGCCUGACCUUGCACAUCCGGACUCCUUACUGUUGUUGCAAAGCUUUGUGAGGCCUGACUUCGUUCUGUCGGUUUUUGGCAUGACACGCCCUGGCUUACCACUUUUUGCCUUGGAUCUUCUGCAUAUGGGCUCCCUGCCUUUGUUGCGGGGAUACAUGCACGUGGGUUCUGCCUUACUGGCUUAUGGAAUGAUGCGCCCGGAGCUUUUUCUGCUGAUCUCGGAUUGUUUGCACUUGGGUCUCACCUCGUUUCCACACAAUCCUGCGCGUUUGGGGCUCGCCACGUCAGCGUAUGGCAUGAGUAAGCCUGGAUCAAUCUCAUUGGUCUUGGACUUCAUUCAAGUGGGCUCCAGCCUUUCAGUACACAGCUUUGCUUGCUCAGGACCCUCAAUCUUGGCCUACGGCAUGACGCGUUUGGGUUUCUCUUCAUCUGUUCUGGACUCUUUACACAUUGGCUCCAUCUUGCUUCCUCAUGGUCUCGCCUACUCGGGUUCCACCUCGCUCCCCUUUGGCUGUGCACGUCCCGGUAGUUCGAUGCUGAUCGUGGACUUCAUCUCCGUGGGCAGCUCCUCGUCGCCGCGCAGCUCCGCGUGGAUCGGUUCCAACACCUUGAUCUAUGGCAUGAGCUGCUCGGACUUCUUCUCGUCCGCAUUGGACUUUGUUCACAUGGAGCUCUCAUUGUCUCUGCAAGGGCUCUUGUGCUUGGGCUUCUCGCUCUUGGCCUUUGGCAUCUCGUGCUUGGAACUCAGCUCAUUUGUACUUGACCCUGUGACAGGAGGAUCAACCCCUUCUUCGCACAGCUUCAUGAGGCCGGGCCUUUCUUCGUCACUCUUUGGCAUCACUCGCUUGGGAUCCUUCUUUUCGGCCUUGGACUUCGUUCAUCUCGAGAGCUGCUUGUCCUUACAAAGCCAUGUUCAAUUGGGAUUCUUGAUGCUCGCCUAUGGCUUCUCACAGCUCGGACCACCGUUGUCGGCCUUAGACUCUGUGAACUUUGAGUUUCCUUUAUUGGCCCAGUGCCCUGCACAGGUGGGUCUCUUCUUGUCGAUUUUCAGUGCCGUGCGAUCUGAAUUCUCCUCGUUGGUCUUGGACCUUGUGAAGAUCGAUUCCCUCUUGUCAUUGCAUGGCCUUGCCCGCUUGGGGUUUCCUCUGUCCAUUUAUGGGCUGACAUGUUUAGAGUCUUUCCUUUCAGUUUUGGACUACUGCCACUCUGAAAGCUCCGUGCCCUUGCGAGGCUUCAUGCACUUGGAGCCAUCCAUAUCAGUUUAUGGCUUUUCCAGGCUCGAACCUUCCCUGCUAGCCCUGGACCAUGUCAUCUUAGGCUUCGUCAUGUCCUCGCAGAACCUGUGCCGCUCGGGCUUCUUGCUGUCGGUCUAUGGCAUGACUUGCCUGGACUUGCCGCUACCCGCAUCAGACUACGUCCAGCUGGGUUUCUCCCUCUCGCCACGAGGCUAUUUCCAUCUUGGAUUCGUGCUGUUGGCCUCUGGAAUGACCAAGUCAGACUUGUCCUUAUCGCUCCUGGACUUUCUUUCUCUUGGCUCAUUUGCGCCCCUACAUGGCUUCAUCUACCUGGGUUUCUUAGCUUCAGCUUAUGGCACCAUGUGCUUAGGCCUCAUGUUGCCCUCGCUCGACCACGUCUUCUCAGGCCCGUCCACUUCCUUACAAGGCCCUUUGCGCGUGGAAUCGGCGCUUUUGGCCUUUGGCAUGUCACGCUUAGGUUUUUCAUCGCCACCCUUGGACCUCACGGGCUUAGGCUCCAGCCUGUCUUCGCGAUCCUCCGUGCACUUGGAGCUUUCCUCGUCGCCCUUCGGAGUGUGCAACCCGGGCUCAUUACUGCUGGCAUCGGAUCAUGUCCGUUCGGACUUCAGCUUGCUGUUGCAAACGCUCACACGUGCGGAGCUGCCGCUGCUGGUGUAUGGCAUGGUGAACAUGGGCUCGUUGCUGUUGGUCUUGGAUCAUCUCAGCCUUGGUCUUCUAAUGUCCCUGCAGAGCCACGCUCACCUGGACUCUUUGCUCUUCGUCUUUGGCAUCACCUGCUCAGAGUCAAACCUCUUCGUGAAAGAUUGCUUCGUUGGGUCAAGCUCUCUAUCUGUGAGGUCCUUUGCAUGCCCUGGCUUCAGUCUGCUGGUCUAUGGGAUGAUGCGAUUAGACUCUGGAUUGCCGGCCUCGGACUUGAUUCAUCCGGACUCGGCCUUGUCCCCGCGCUCCUCCAUGCAACUCGGCUUCACUUUGUCGGUCUAUGGGCUUAGUCGACCGGGCCUGCCACUGUUGGUCUUGGACCUCUUCCACCCUGAGUUCUCACCCCUCUUGCAGGGCUAUUGGCGACCAGAGUCCUUGAUGUUGCUCUACGGAGUGGCCCGCAUGGACUUGAGCUUGUUGAUGUUGGAUUACGUGAACAUCGGGCCUUCCAUGUUCACCCGAAGCCUUGUGCAAUUUGGCUUGGUCUUGUCGGCUUAUGGCAUGAACUGCUUAGACUGGGGGCUGUUGAUCUUGGAUUUCGUGCAUAUGGGCCUCUCCUUCUCGCUGCGGAGCAUGCUACAGAUGGGGCUCUCGCCGUUGGUUUAUGGCUUGGCUCACUUGGGAUUGUCACCCUUCGCGCUCGACUCCGCACAGCCUGAUCCGCUGUUGUCCUCAAGAGGCUUUGUUCGAACGGGCUCAGCACUUUUAGUCUUCGGAUUGGCAUGUCUUGGACUGUUGACGUCCAUCUUGGACUUCAUUCACCUUGAACUCUCUUCGCUCUCGCGGGGACUUGCGUGCUUUGGCUCCUCUCUGUCAGCCUAUGGCAUGUCACGUUCAGACUUGGCUUUGUUGGCACUGGAUUCUUUGCAUUUGGGAUCCUUCAUUCUUUUGAGAGGAUUGAUUUGCUCAGACUUUCUCAUGUCUGCCUAUGGACUCACCAAGCCUGGCUCUUCUUUGCCUCCCUCGGACCUCCUGAACUUAGGCUUCAUGCCUUCCUUGCAAUCCUACAUGCGCUCGGGCUUGGCGUCGCCCGCCUACGGAAUGCUCCGGCCCGACUCGGCGACGUCGGCUGCGGACUCCGUGCACUUGGAGCUUCCCUCGUUGUUGCGCAGCUCCUCGCGCUUCGGGUUCACGCUCUCGGUCUAUGGCAUCAUGUGCCCGAACUCCUCUCUACCACUGUUGGACUCCGGUCAUUCUGGCCCUGUGCUGUUCUUGUGUAGCUCCAUUUGUGCCGAUCCUUCCUUGUUCGUCUAUGGCUUGAAUUGCUUGGGCUUCUCUCCAUCAGUUUCAGACUCCGUGCAAGUUGACUCCAGCUCGUCCCCGCGCACCUUCUGUCAAACGGGCUCUUCGACGUCCGUGUACGGCGUGAUGUGUCUGGGUCCAAUGCUGUUGGCCUCGGACCUCGUGAAAAUCGGACCCUUGAUCUCAGCUCGCAGCUCCGCGCGCCCUGGCUCCUCGCCCUUCACGUACGAGAAGAGCCGCUCGGAAGCCUCGCCCUCUGUGCUGGAUCUCUUCCAUUCGGGUCCAUCCAUUUUGCUUCGAAGUUCCGUCCGCUUUGAGCCGCCUCUGUUGGUUUAUGGCUUGUCUCGUUUGGAGCCGCCUCUGUCGGCCUUGGAUCUUGUACAUUUGGACUUGGCACCCUCUUCAAGGAGCACGAUCCGACUGGGCUUGGCCAUGUUGGCGUAUGGCUUGGCAUGUUUGGGCUUCUUGGCGUUGAUCUUGGAUCUUGUGCUGUCGGACUUCAUCUCGUUGAUUCGAAGCUCCGCCCGAUCGGAAUCCUUCACGUUCGCCUGGGGCAUCUCAAAGUCAGAUUCGUUCUCGUCGGUCUCGGACUAUGUGACGGUGGGGUCGACCCUGUUCUUGCGCGGACUUAUGUGUUCUGACUCUUUCUCAUUUGCCUUUGGCAUGACUUGCCUGGACUCCUUGAUGCUCGUCCUGGACAUGGUGACCUUGGGCCCUCCACCGUUUUUGCACUCCUUCAUUCAACUUGGACUGGUCUCAUUGCUCUAUGGCAUCGCCAAGUUGGGCUUCUCUUUGUUGGUGCUGGAUUUCGUGACAGCGGGCUCAGCAGUCUUGCCGCGAAGCUUCCUGCAGCCGGGCCUGAUGCCUUUGGUCUUUGGCCUUAGCAAGUUGGGUUUGACUUUGUUGGCACUGGACUUCAUUAAUGUCGACUCUUCCUCGUUCUUGCAGAGCGCCAUAUGCGUGGAUUUCACGUUGCUGGUCUAUGGCAUGAUGAGAAUCGAGUUGUUGAUGUUGCUCUUGGAUCCCUUUCACUUGGGAUCAGCACUCUUCAUGCAAAGCCACUUGUGUUUGGGACCAUUCCUGUUGGUCUACGGCAUGCAGAGAUUGGACCUUACACCACCUGCCUUAGAUUUCUUCCACUUGGGAUCCUUGAUGUUGUUGAGGUCACACGCACAUGCAGGGCUGAUGCUGUUGGUCUAUGGAAUGGUGAGGCUAGAGCCUUCUUUGCCAACUUUGGACUGCGGAUCCUUUGACAGUACUAUGCCUUUGCAAUCUUCUUUGCAGAUGGACUUGUUUCUAUCCACUUAUGGCAUGAGCAGCUUGGGAUUCUUUCUCUCAACCUCAGAUUUUAUCCAUCCAGACUCCAGCAUGUCCUCGAGGAGCCUCAUUCACUUAGGCCUUCUCUCAUUGGCCUAUGGCAUGACCUGCUCAGAUUUGGGUCUUCCCAUCUUGGAUUUCGCACACCUGGGCUUGAGUCCCUCCCUGCGUGGCUUCCUACGCAUGGGCUCCGCUUUGCCCGCCUUUGGCCUCACCAAGCUGGAGCUGUCCUCGUCGGCUUUGGACCUCGUGCAGCUGGGUCUCACGCCCUCCCUGCGGAGCUUCGCACGCUUCGACUUCCUGCUGCUGCUCUAUGGCAUGGCGAAAUCGGAGCUGCCAUCUUCAGUGCUGGACUACGUCUAUUUAGACCUCACGCUCUCCUUGCGAGGCCACGUUCGCUUUGGAUUCCCGGCCUCCGCCUACGGGAUGAAUCGCUUGGACCCGUCCUCACCCACUCUGGACUUCUUGGCAUCAGGCUUCCCUUCGCCGUCAAGAAGCUUUGUGCAAGCGGACUUCGCGGUUCCUGCCUAUGGCAUGACGUGCACUGGCUCCAUUCUGUCCGUGCUUGAUCUCAUCACGGCAGGCUUCAUGAUUCCGCUCUUGGACUAUAUCUCCCUGGGCUUUACAUUGUCAACUCGAGCACUUUCAUGCGCCGGAUCUUCGUUGUCGGCCUAUGGCAUGCUAUGCUUGGGCUCCUCAUUGCUCAUGCCUGACCAUUUCCACUUAGAGUCUCCUCUCUCCUUGCAAAGCUUAGCACGGAUGGGUCCGUUCUCAUUGGUUUAUGGCCUGGUGUGCCUCGACUUGAGUAUCUUUGUCUUGGACUUUGGAACCUUUGGGCCCACGAUGCCGGUUCGAAGCCCCGUGUGUCUGGGAUUCUUCUCGUUGGCCUUUGGAUUGAGCCGCCUCGGACCUUUCAUGUUGGUCUUGGACUUCAUUCAGUUCGGCCCUGCGGCUUUCUUGCAGACUCUCGUGCACUGUGGCUUGGCACUCUUGGUGUAUGGCGUGUCUCGACCCGGCUCCACCCCAUUUGUCUUGGAUCUCCUGCACUUGGGCCUCCCACUCUUCUUGCGGCACUGUGCUCGGUCGGGCUCUUCGUUGUUGGUCUUCGGAAUGACACGCCUGGGUUUGGCCACGUCCAUGUUGGACUCUUUGCACUUGGGCUUUUCCUUGCCUGACUUGAUCUUGUUGGCCUAUGGCAUGUCUCGCUUGGCGUUCUUCAUUCCAGUCCCAGACCUUGUGAAUACUGAACUGCCCCUCUCAUUGAAGACCUAUGCGCGAUCAGAUUUUGUGGCGUCCAUUUAUGGCAUGUCAAGAACCGGCUUCUCUUUAUUGGUUCUUGACCUUGUCCAGCCCGAGCCUUCUCCCUUGCUCAAGAGUUUCAUCCGUUUGGACUUCCUGACGUCCUGCUACGGCGUCAUGAGAUUGGCGCCUUUUCUGCUUGUCUUGGACCUCGUGAACAUCGGCUUGAGCUCGUUGCCCCGAGGCUUUGCACGAACUGGAUUGGCACUCCUGGCUUAUGGCCUGACAUGGUCAGACAGUUCUCUUUUAGUCUUGGACUUUGCCAAUCUGGGUCCCUCACUGUCAGCACAAUCCCCUUUACAGCUUGAGCCCUUCACGUCAGCCUAUGGGUUGUCACAGUCAGAGUUGUCCCUCUUGGCCUUGGAUUAUGUGCAUUUAGACCUCUCGAUCUCCUUUCGCUCAUACAUGCGUCCUGGCCUCGUCUUGUUUGUUUAUGGCAUGUCACGAGUUGAGUCACACCUCUUGGUGCUGGAUUUCUUUCACCCGGACUUCUUGAUGCCUUCGAGGUCGUUUGCUCGUUCAGGCUUCACCUCAUUGGCCUCCGGCAUGGCAUGCUUGAACUUCUCCUUCUCGACUCUGGACCUCGGCUUUGUCGGGAGCUCCUUGCUGCUGAGGGGACCCGUGCACUCGGACUUCGUGACGUUGGCAUAUGGCAUGGCAUGCACUGAGUCUCUUAUUCAAAGCGACUCCACGUUGUUGGCCUAUGGCAUGGCAUGGCUUGACCCGGCACCCUUGGUUCUGGACUACAUCCACUUGGGUUUCUUCGUGCCCUUGCGCGGCCUCGUGCGACCCGACUCCAGCACCUCCGUGGUGGGUCUGGCGCGUUUGGAGUUCUUGUCGUUCGCCCUGGAUCUCAUCCACUUGGGCUCGCCACUGCCUUCACGCGGCCCUGCACGCUUAGACUCCUUCCUGUCCGCCUUUGGGAUGUCCAGAUUGGACUUGCUCUUGCCCCUCUUGGACUCUGUACACUUGGGCCUAUCUCUGCUGCUGCAGUCGCAUAUCCAAUUGGGAUCUGCGCAGUUGGCCUACGGCAUGACGUGUUUAGAGCUAUUGCUUUUCGCUCUUGACUUCGUGCAUAUCGGUUCGUGUUUGCUGUCGCGGAGCUUUGGACAAUUAGAGCUGCCUCUAUUGAUCUACGGCCUGCUGAAAAUGGAGCUCCUGUUGCCAAUUCUGGACCUUUUGUCGGUCGGGAGUUCCUUGUCCUUGCGAGGUUACAGCCAUUUAGGUCUCACCACUUCUGUCUAUGGCCUCACCAUGACCGAUUUCACCCUGUCCGCCUUGGAUUAUUCCACCUUCGGCAGCAUGUUGCCCUUAAGGAGCUUUCUCCACACGGGUUCUUUGUCAUCGGUCUAUGGUGUGUCCUGCCCUGGCUUCUUCCUGUCCGCUUUGGACCUUGUAGGCUCGGGCUUGGCCUCGUUGCCACGCAGCUCCGCACACUUGGGACUUGCCUUGCUGGUCUUCGGAAUGGCAUGCUCAGAGCUUUCCUCGCUGGUCUUGGACUUCAUUGCGGCGGGCCCUCUGCUGUCCUUGCGCGGCUCCGUGCGGCUAGAGUUGCUCUUGUCCAUUUUUGGCACGUCCUGCUUGGGUUCAAGCAUUUUGGUCUUGGACUUUGUGCACACAGAGAGCUUUUCGUUGACCAGAUCCUUUGUUUGUUUGGGAUUUACAUUGCCGGUCUAUGGAAUCACGAUGUUUCUGUUGGAUUGCGGUGACCUGGGCAGCACUUCAUCGACCCGCUCCUUCUUGCGCUUCGGCAGCUCGUCGUUGGCCUAUGGCAUGUGCCGCUCGGGCUCGUCGCCCUUGGUCUUGGACCCUUGUCAAGUCGAACCGCCGAUGCCUCCGCGGGCGCCUAUGCGAUCGGGUAGCUUCUUGUUGGUCUUUGGGAUCGUUCGACUGGGACUCUUGCCGUUGGUCUUGGAUUCUGCCAGUAUCGACUUGGCAUCGUCGAUUCGCUCCAUGGUGCGACUGGACUUGACGGCUUCGGCCUAUGGAAUGACGCGCUCGGGCUUGUCGUUGCCACUUCUGGACCCUGCUAGCCCGGAGUUGAUGCUGUUGCCCAGAGGAUUCGCGCACUUCUUAAGGGCGGACUUCGUGCUGUUUGUCUAUGGCGUUGCAAAGAUCGACUCGCUCUUGUUGAUCUUGGACCACGUGCAACUGGACUUCUUCUUGUUGCUGCAAGGAUCCUUGAGGGCUGACCUGCUGCUAUCCGUUUAUGGAGUCGCUUGCUUGGAAUUCUUCAUGCCUAUUCUGGACUUUGUUCAUCCGGACUUGACACCAUUGCUGAGGUCCUUCAUGCGAUCAGGGCCUGUGACUCUGGUCUAUGGCAUGGCAUGCAUGGGCUUCUCACUUUCAGUGCUGGACAUUGGACACUUGGGCUUGCCUCCGCCGAUGAGAGCCUCUUGCCACCCAGGAUCGGCUCUCUUGGUGUUCGGCAUGACGUGCCUGGAGCUACUCUUGUCAACCCUUGAUCAUAUCCAUUCAGACUCCUCCAUGCUACUGCACAGCUUCGGUCGAUUAGAGCUGCCGAUGUCAGCCUUCGGCAUGGCACGUUUAGACCCCUCCUUCUCGGUGUUGGACCUUAUGAACUGCGGUAGUAGCAUCUCAAUCAGGACCUGGUCAAAGCUUGGCUCCUCCUCGUCGGUCUACGGCCUCACGCUGCUCGAAAGCUCGUCACCCAUUUUGGAUCUCAUCACCAUCGGCUCGUCGCUCUCGUUGAGGGCUCAUGCCCGGCUGGGAAGCGUCUUGUUGGUCUUUGGCAUGACAUGCUCGGGCUUUUUGUCGUCGACCUUGGACUUUGCUCAAAUGAACUUCUUGCCGUUCACCCGUAGCUUUGUGUGUUUGGAGUUGCUGCCGUUGGUCUUCGGCUUGGCCCGCUUGGGGCUCUUCAUGUUGGUGCUGGAUUGUAUACAGUUGGGUUUGUUCUUGUUGCCUUAUGGCAUGUGUCGCCUCGGGCUCUCGCUGUCCAUCUCGGACUCGGUGCAUUUGGAGUCUCUUUUGUCGCUGCGAGGAUUCUUGCAACUUGGUCUGGCCCUCUUGGCAUUCGGCUUGUCAUGGCCGGGCUCCUCGGUGUUGGUGCUGGACUUCAUUCAUUUGGAGAGCUCCUUGUCCUUGCGAUCACACUUCUACACUGGUCUUCCCCUGCCGCCCUACGGCAUCGCUUGCAUGGAAAGUAGCUUGUUGAUUUUGGACUUCAUACAUACCGAACCCUUUUUGCCAACCAGAAGCCCUGCUCGAGUGGAGCUCUCCCUGUUGGUCUAUGGCCUGAGUUGGCCUGAAUCGCUACUUUUCAUCUUGGACCCAGUAGACACAGGAUUCCUCUUGUCUUUGCACACGCUUGCUUGGGCUGGCUUGAUGCUUUCCGCCUACGGUGUGUGCUGUUUGGGUUUCAUUUCGUUGGUUUUGGACUUCACAGAGUCUGACUCGACCUUUUUGCUGCAAAGCUUUGCUCAUUUGGGCUUCUUGUUUUUGGCUUAUGGCGUGUCCCUAUCAGACUUCCCGAUGUCAGUCCUUGACCACCUGCACCUGGGCUUGUCACCUUUGCUUCAAUCAUGCACGCACCUUGGCUCCUUGUCGCUGGUCUAUGGAAUGGUCUGUAUGGAAUUGAUCUUAUCGACAUUGGACUCUAUCCAUACGAGCUCCUCCCUGCUCCCCCGAGGCUUCAUGUACUUAGGCCUCGCCUCGUUGGCCUAUGGCGUCUCAAAUCUGGAGUCGAUCCCAUUGGUCUUGGACUUCCUCAACUCAGGCUUGAUGCUUCCAUCGAGGGCUUCCCUCUACUUAGGCUCCAGCUCAUUGGCCUUCGGCCUUUCACGCUUCUCCUUGUUGGCGUUAGAUCUUAUCAACCUGGGCUCCACCAUGCUUUUGCGCAGCCCCUUGCACCUGGGCUUCAGCUUGUUCGUCUAUGGGGUCAGCACGUUGGGGUCACCACUGUCUGCUUCGGACCCUCUGAACUUCGGACCUGCUUUGUUGUCGCAAAGUCUUGCAUACUUGGACUCAUCCUCAUCAGCCUUUGGCAUGGCCUGCUUAGGGUUCUUGCCUUCUGUGUUGGACCACAGCAUCUUUGGAAGCUUCAUGUUCUUGCAAAGCUUCCUGCGUGUGGGCCUGACUCUUUUCGCAUAUGGUCUGUCAUGCUUGGGCCCUUUCUCAUUGCCCUUAGACAUGGCGAACCUUGGUUCAGCGCUCCUGUCACAAAGCUCCUUGUGGAUGGGUCCUUUUUCAUCGGUCUUCGGCAUGACGUGGCCAGACUUCCUGAUGUUGGCUUCGGAUCAUUUGCACCUUGAGCUCUUCUUGUCCCUGCAUAGCUUUCUGCGGGCGGACUCGCUGCUGUUGGUCUAUGGCAUGGUGUGCUUGGGCCCUUUACCAUCUUCGCUGGACCUCAUCCACUUGGGUUUCAGUUCGCCACCACAAACCUUCGGUUGCUUUGGUCCCUUGUCGUCCACCUAUGGGCUAACGCUCUUGGGACUCACCACGUUGCUCUUGGACCUUUUACACUUGGGCCCAUCUCUGUUUCUUCGAGCCCUUGCUCGCUUGGGCUUCUCGACGUUGGCUUAUGGCAUGUCCAAGUCGGACUUCCCGCUGCUGAUGCUUGACCAUCUCUUGUUAUCCGCCUAUGGCAUGUGUUGCUUGGGACUUUUCUUGUUGGCCUUGGAUGUCAGCAAUCUGGGCUUCAGCCUGUCUUUGAAGAGUUCUGUAUGGCUGGACUCGAGUCUCCUGGUCUUUGGCGUCUGCCGACCCGAUCCUCUCUUGUUGGCUUUAGAUUUGGUGCAAACUGACUUCUUCAUGUUCUUGAGAAGCUUUGCGUAUCCAGACUUCUCUUUGUUGGCCUCUGGCGUCUCAUGUCUCGGAUCUUCCUUGUUGGCUUUAGACCCCAUUAGCUCGGAGAGCUUGCUGUUGAUCCGCGGCCUCGUGUACUUGGACUCCUCUCCGCCGGUCUAUGGGCUCAGUUGCACGGGACUCUCGCUCCUGGUGCUGGAUUUCGUGAACUUGGACCUGACGCUGUUGCCCAGGUCCUUCAUGCGACUCGACUUCGUCUUGUCCGUCUCUGGUAUGGCCCGCCUUGAACCCUUUCCACCUCCCUUGGACCUUUCCUCUUCGGACUUGACCCUUUUCGCCAGAAGGUCCAGUUCAUUACUGCGGAGUUCCUUGCGCUUGGAUUCGAGCCUCCUGGCCUAUGGCUUGCUGCGACUGGGAUUGUUGCUCUUGUGCUUGGACUACAGUGCUCUGGAACCAAUGCCGUUCUUGAGAAGUUCCAUGCGACUGGACAACUUGGUCUUGUUGGUCUACGGCAUGUGUCGCACGGGCUCCUCCUCAUCAGCUUUGGACUCUAUCCAGUUAGGAUCCUUGCCGUCACCUCGCAGCUCCCUUCACCCUGGGCUUCCAUUGUUGGUCUAUGGACUCAUGUGCUCAGAACUCUUGCUGCUGCCCUUGGACUUCGCACACUUGGGCAGCGUGAUGUUUUUGCAUGGUUUCUUAUGUUCGGGCUUUGCGCUCUUGGUCUUCGGUUUAAGCUGCCCUGAAUUCCUGCUGCUCCUCUUGGAUUUCGCACACGCCGGCCCUUCAUCGUCGCCCCGGAGCCUCAUGUGUUUGGGCAGUGCGAUGCCCGCGUUUGGACUGGCACGACCCGAGCCAAGCUCGUCCACCUUGGACUUUGCCUGCGCAGACUUCUUCUUUUCGGCUCGAUCACUUGUGCAUCUUGGAUUGCUGCUGUUGGUUUAUGGUUUCACCAAGAUGGACUUCGUGUUGCCGAUCCUGGAUCAUGUCCACAUUGGUUUUUUCAUGCCCUUGCAGGCUCUCUGCCAUCUGGAGCUCAUGUCAUUGACAUUCGGCUUCACACGUCUGGACCUGUCCUUGUUGGUUUUGGACUCCGGACAUUUUGACUCGCUGCCUUCCUUGCGAAGCUAUGUGUGCACUGGCUCAUCGGUCUUCGCCUACGGCUUGUGUCGAUUGGGCUUCCCCUUGCCAGUGCUGGACCUUGUACACUUGGAGCUCUUCUUGCUUCUGCAAGUAUCUUCGCACUUCGACUUCCUUCUAUCGCUCUAUGGCAUGACAUGCUCAGGCCUGACCCUGCCCUUGCUCGACUUGGCACAUUUGGGCAGCCCGAUGUUCAUGAGAAGCUACUGCAAGGCUGGCUCCCUUUUGCCAGUCUAUGGCAUCAUGUGGAUGGGACCCCCGCCUUUUACUCUGGACCUCAUGAACACUGACCUCUCCCUGCUGUCACGGAGCUCCAUUUACCUCGACUUUUCGCUCCUUGCUUAUGGCGCAUCGCGACUUGGAAGUACACCUUUCGCCCUGGACUCUAUCCAUGUAGGCCCUUUGCUGUUCUCGCACUCCCUUUGUCAUCCGGGCCCUAUCUUGCCAGCCUUUGGCAUGGUGAGAUUAGCGCUGAUGAUGUCGGUGUCGGAUUCUAUUCAUGUGGGUUUCAGCUCGUUUCCACGAAGCUUUGCCUGCUCGGAGUUCCUUUUGUCGGCCUUUGGCUUGUCAUGGCCCGGAUUUUCUCCUCUGGCAUUGGAUCAUGUGAACCUAGGCCUUGCACCCUCCUUGCAAGGCUUUACCCAAUUUGGCUUUUUCCUGCUCGCCUUUGGAAUCAAUUGCCUGGGUUCCAGCUUGUUCGCACUGGAUUCUGUCAGCCUGGAGUUGCCCCUCUUCUUGCAAAGCUACAUGUAUCUUGAGCUCUUACCUUUGGUUUUUGGAUUGACUCGGCUGGACUUCUUGACGUCCCCUUUGGACCCUACUGUAUUGGACUCGAUGCUUCCAAUCCAAAGCUUCACUUACUUGGGCUCCUCCCCUUCGGUCUCCGGUCUGAGCCGCAUGGGUUUCCCGCCGUCCCCGUUGGAUCUCGCGGUGGUGGACUUCAUGCUGUCGCCACAGUCCUUCGCGCGACUGGGCUCGAGCUCGUCGGUCUUUGGCUUGAGUAGGUUGGGCCUCUCCUCGUCCCUGUUGGAUCACACCUGCUUGGACUUCUUGCUCUUGGUGCAAAGCUUCCUGUGCUUAGAGUUGCUACCGUUGGUCUAUGGCAUUGUGCGCAUAGGCUUCUUCUUGCUGGCGCUGGAUUUGGUGCAUAUAGACUUCGUGCUUUCCUUGCGAAGCCUUGCGCACCUGGGCCUCGUGCCGUUGGCCUACGGACUCAGCCGUCUCGGCUUCUCCUCGUCGACCUUGGACCACGUCUCCAUCGACCCUGCGCCGUCGUUGCAUGGCUUGGCAUGGUGCGAGCUGUCGAUGUCCAUGUACGGAAUGAGUCAUUUGGACCUGCCCAUGUUCGUCUCGGACCUCACCUGCAUGGGUUUCUCGGCCUUGCUCAGAUCUUCCAUCCACUUGGACUUCCCUCUUUUGGCCUAUGGCGUCACCCGUCUCGGUCCCUCAUCGUUGCUUCUGGACCUUUCAACUUCGGACUUCUCCCUGUUGAUGCGGUCCUUUGUAUGCUCAGACUCCGCCAUGUCGGUCUUUGGCAUGCUGAAGCCAGACUUGCUGAUGCUGCUCUUGGACCUUGCAUGCUUGGGCUCGAGCCUACUCAUGAGAUCCUUCUUGCGGUCGGACCUCUCCUCGUUGAUUUUUGGGCUGACAUGGUUGGGCCCUUUCUUGCCUGUCUUGGAUCUCGCCCAGAUGGGGAGCAUUUUGUUCACCAGGAGUCUUACAUGCCUUGGCCUCCUGCUUUUUGCGUUCGGCUUAACCAGGUCAGAUUCUUUACUGCCAGUCUUGGACUUUGUCCACUUGGACUUAUUCAUAUCUCUCAGGGCACCCGCUCGCUUCGAUUUCCUUUUGUCCAUCUAUGGCCUGUCAUGUUUGGGGCCACUACUACUGGUCUUGGAUUCCAUUCACCUUGGCUUUCCUUCGCCCUUGCGUUCUCUUGUCUGUUCUGGACCCUCCUCGCUGAUCUUUGGAAUGUGUUGCUUGGGGUCAAGCUUGCCGGUGUUGGAUUUUGUGGCCAUGGGCUUGAGUCUGCCUUUACGAACCCUCAUUUGCUUAGGCCUGAUGAUGCUGGCUUAUGGGAUUGCCUGGCUUGACUUGAGCAUUUCAGUCUUGGACUAUGUGCACCUGGAGUCUAGCAUGCCACUGCAAGGAUAUACACGCUUUGACCUGGUUGUGUUCAUGUAUGGAUGUGCUUGCUUAGACUUUCUGCUGCCAAUGCUGGACUUUGUCCACUCAGGCUUGUCUACUUUGUCGAGGUCACUCGUGCAAAUAGGCCUGAUGAUGUUGGUUUAUGGAAUGACAUGGCUCGACUCCACCCCACCCGCACUGGACUUCGUCACGAUGGACUCGCCCUCCUCACCGCGGAACUUCGCCCGGCCCGACUCCACGUCCUUGACCUUCGGACUGGCGCGGUCUGGCUUGUUCUCGUUGGUGCUGGACAACCACCUGCUGGGCUCCUCGCCGUCCUUGCGAGGCUCCGGACGGAUGAGCUCGACGCUUCUGGUGUCAGGCCUGGUGUGCUUCGAGUCCUCCUUUUCCACGUUGGACUUCUCAGGUUUGGACUUGCCGUUGUUUAUGCGCUCACACGGAUGUUUAGACUUCACCUUGUUGGUCUUCGGAACGGCUUGCUUCGGCUUGGUUCCGUUGAUUUGUGACCACUUGCAGCUGGACUUCUUGCCUUUCCUACGAAGCUUAGGAUGCAUCGGAUUGCCGUCCUCCGCGGUCGGACAAGGGCGCAUGGAGCUCUCGUCGUCCGUCUUUGACUUCCUGCACCUGGGCUCCUUGACGUCGACGCGCUGCAAUGCACGCUCGGGCUUCUCCUCGUUGGUGUUUGGCAGAGGUCGGUCCGAUUCCUUGGUGCUGGUGCUGGAUCUUGCCCAUGCCGAGCCUCUCAUGCCCAUCCGCAGCUUUGGACGACCAGGCUUUUUGAUGUCGGUGUCCAGACUGGCGCGGUCUGAGUUGCGCAUGCUAGUCUUUGAUUUGGCUCAUUUUGAGUCCCUCUUACCGCUGCAAGCCGCCGGACAUUCGGACUUCUUCUUUUUGACCUCUGGAAGGGCCAGCUUUGAAUUCAUGACUUUUGCUCUGGACUCCGCCUACUUCGAACUCUUCCCUUCUCUCAGGUCUUCCUGUCGCAUGGGAAGCAUCCCAUCCAUCUUCGGAAUGACUUGCUCUGGGCCUUUGGUUUCCACCUUGGACUACCAAGAGGUGGGCUUGUCCUUGUCCAUUCGCAGCCAUGAAUGUUCAGGUUCCUCUUCAUCGAUCUCCGGCCUCGUCCGCGCGGGCUUCCCGACGCCUUCAUCAGAUUCUUCCCACUUGGGCCUGUCGCUCUCCUCGCGCAGCUCGUUCCGCGGGGGGUCCUCCGUGUUGCUCUUCGGGCUCUGUCGCAUGGGCUCCUUGCCAUCCAUCUUGGACCCAGCACACCUGGAGCCGACGACGUCCUUGAGGAGCACGGUCUGCUUGGGAUCGGCAUCGUUGGUCUUUGGCUUGGGAUGCUUCGGCUUCAGCUCGUUGGCCUUGGACCUUGCACUCUUCGACUUCGUGGUAUUCGUUCGCUCCUUUGCUCGCAUGGGCUUCGUGCUGUUGGUGUAUGGAAUGACCCGCUUGGGCUUCAGCUUGCUUGUGCUGGACCUCGCGACCAUCGAACUCGUCUUGUUCUUGAAAAGCUUUGCUCGUUCAGGAUUGGCCUCCUUGGUCUCAGGGACUCUGCGAUUUGACCUUGUCAUGCCAAUGUUGGACCAUUUGCAAUCAGACUCGCCAGCGCCCUUGAGGAGUCUUGGUCAUUAUGGCUUCUUGCUGCCUUCAUUUCAGCUGGGACGCUCUGAAUUCUCGAUGCCCAUCUUCGACUUCUUGACCUUAGGCUUGCCGACAUCCCCUCGAACGAACCAGCGCACGGGCUUGUUGGCAUCGACUUCUGGCAUCUCGUGCUCCGAGCUACUGCUGUUGGUCUCUGACCUCGUGCACAUGGACUCAGCGUCAUUCUCCCGUGACCAUGGCCGUUCAGGCUCAGCACCCUUCGCCUUUGGCCUCGCACGCUUCGGCCUCAGCUCAUCGGUCUUGGAUGCGGCGAUUUCGGGUUCUGCGCCGUCGGUGAGGUCCUUGGUGCGGAUGGGUUUGCCAUCGCUGAUCUUUGACUUUGCAUCUUUGGGGCUCUUGCUGUUGAUGCGAAGCUUUGCUUGCAUGGACUUGGCCUUGUUGAUCUUUCAGAUCGUAAGGCUCGGAUUCCAAGUGCCCAUCUUGGAUUGCAUAGGGCGUGUUGGCUUGGCAUUCUUCAUUUUUGGUGCGAUGCGCCUGGAAUUCUUGACUUCCGCCUUUGAUGCCGUCAGAUUGGGCCUGUCUUUGUUCUCACAAAGCCUUGCACAGCUGGGCUUUGCUGUAUCGGCCUUUGGACUGGGCUCCCUCCUACCCUUACACAGCUCCGCUCAACUCGAAAGCACCACAUCGGCCUUCGGCAUCGGGCGCUCUGGGUCGUCCGCCUCGGCCUUGGACCUUACGAAUUUGGGAUUGGCCUCCUUCAUGCGAAGUCAUGGAUGUCCAGGAAGCACUUCGUUCGCCUUCGGCUGUGCUUGCUCCGAGUUCUUGCCUUUGGCGCUGGACCUAGUCGAAUUGGGACCCUUUCCGCUGCUCCAAAGCAUGGCAUGCCUGGGCUCCAUGCCUUCGGCCAUGGGCCUGGCGCGCUCUGGACCGUUCUCGUCGGCGUUGGACCUCACGCACUUUGGAAGCGCCUCGUCGGUGCGGAUGCCUGGGCGCUCUGAGUUGGCAGUGCUUGUGACGAGCUGCUCCAGAUUUGGUUUUCCCUUGUCGGUCUUGGACUUUUUGCAUCUGGACUUCUUGAUGUCUUUACAAGCAUUCGCUUGUUCAGGUCUUUCCAUGCCAGCCUUCUCGUCCACGCGGCUAGACUCUUCUUCGUCUUUGUCGGAUGCCAUCACCGUUGGCUCUGCGCUGUUCUUGCAAUCUUCCCUGCAAGUAGGUCCUGCCUCGUUCAUCCUGAGCUGCACACGCUUCGCUUUCUUCUCGUUGGCGCCGGACCAUGCGAUGCUAGAGCCCUCCUCGCCGGUGCACAGCUUUGCUCAUUCCGGCUCAGCACUGUUGGCCUCAGACUUCUUGCAUCCAGGCUUGAUGCUGUUGGCCAAGAGUAUGGGACGAAUGGACUUCUUCAUGUCUAUCUGUGGCUUGGCAUGCUCAGGCUUCUUCUUGUUCGCCUUAGACCUCUUACACUCAGAGCUCUUCUUGUCCGUGCGCUCCUUUGCACACUUGGGUUUCAACCCACCGGCGCUGGACCUUUUGCACUUAGACCUCUCCUCCUUGGCCCGUUGCUUCGGCCGCUCUGGCUCCAUGCUGUCGGCCUCCGGGCUGGCGCGGUUCGGCUCCACGGCAUCGGUGCCGGACUCCUCGCACCCGGACUUCACGUCGUCCCUACGCAGUCCGGGACGGCCGGGAAGCUCGUCGUCCACCUUCGACGUCGCGCGCUUUGAGUUCUUGGCUUCGGCCUUGGACUUCUUGCACUUGGACUCGGCGUCGUCGUCGCGGUCGCCUGCGAGGCCGGGGUCGGCCUUCUUGGUCUUCAAGAAAGUCCAAUUUGACUCGCCCCCAUUGAUCCUUGAUCCUGUUCACAUUGGACCACUUCUAUUGACUCAAAGCUUUUGUCGAUUCGACUUUCCGAUGUUUACCAUGGACCUCUUGAACCUCGACUUUUCGCCAUCCACACAAAGCCUUGCACGAAUGGGGCCGGUGACGUUUGUGCUGGAUUUCCUUCAUUCAGACUCCACGAUUUUGACGCGAAGCCUUGCAUGGUUUGGUUUGACCCUCUCUUUACAAAGCCUUGCUUACACUGACUUUGCCUUCUUGAUUCACCAGCCGAUGCGUUUGGACCUGUUGCCGUUUGCCUUGGAUCUCGGGGUUUUGGAACCCUCGCUCUUUGCAAGAAGCUUUGCUUGCUUAGACCUCGCGGUCUCUGUCCUGGACCUCUUGCAUCUGGGCUUGUCCUUGUUGGUCCAAGGCGCUGCACGCUCGGGCUCGGUGUUUUCGGUCUGGAGCAUCACUCGCUUGGAGUCCUGUCUGCCCGUCUUGGACCGCGCGGCCUUUGGCUCCUCGUCGCCGUCGCGGAGCUCCGCACGCUUGGAGAGCAGCUCUUCGAUUUUUGGGAAGUCGCAUCUGGGCUUCUCGCUCCUGAUCUUGGAUCUGGUCCACUUGGGAUUCGUGGCGCUGCUCAAGAGCUUCGGACACCCGGCACGUAGCUCCGUUCGCCCGGACAGCUCCUUGUCGAUUUUUGACCCUACGAAGCUGGAACUGACCGUCUUAUUGAAGAGUUUUACUCAGUUUGACCUCACAGCAUUGCUCUUCUCUUGUGCACGCUUUGGCUUUUGCUUGCUGGUUCUUGACGCCACACAGCUGGAGUUCUCCCUGUCGCCGAAAAGCCUUCAACGCUUGGGACCCAGCUCCUUGGUCUUCAGCUCGACGCGACCGGGGUUCACACAGCCUCUGCUGGACUUGGCGGUCUUAGACUUCCUGCUGCCAGUACGAAGCCUCGUGCGUCUGGAGCUCAGCCUGUUAGCCUUGGAUCUCACCCACUCUGAUCCAACCGUAUCAAUUCGAUCUGUGGCACAAGUCGGUUCCUACUUAUCGACUUGGGGCUUAGCCUGUUUUGAUCUCACGGCCUUCGCCUUUGACGCCUACCACGUCGGCCUCUCCUUGUCGCCCCGCAGCUCUGCACGCUCGGGCUUGGCCACGCUGGUGGUGGGCGUGGUGAAGUUCGGCCUCACACUUCCUGCGCUGGACGGCGUCAGCAUGGGCUCGUCGUCGUCGGCCCGGAGCAUGGUACGCCCUGGCUCGGCCUUGUUGUCGUUGGAUCUCUUCCGGCUGGGCUUCUUGUCAUCCUUGAGGUCAUAUGCUCACUUGGGCUUCAUGUUGCUGGUCUUCUCGCAGACCCGACUCGCACCCUCCCUCUUGGUGUUGGACCUCGUGACUUUGGACUUGCCGCUCCCGGUACGGAGCCACGUGAGGUCCGGCUUGGCCAUGUUGGUUUCGGACCAUGUCUGCUUCGGCUCCUUGCCAUCACUUCGGUCUGUUGCAUGUUUGGGCUUGGCCACCUCGACCUUCCAACGGGCGCGCUAUGACUCGUCAGCUUCGGCGCUGGAUCCUUUGAACUCGGGGCUCUUCUUGUUGGUUCGAGCUCUAAACCAACUAGGUUUUCUGAUGUUGCUCUUUGGCGUUGCUCGACCGGGAUUGAUGCUUUUCCUCUUUGAUUUCGGGCUGGUGGAGUUGUUGCUGUCCACUCGAAGCUCUGGGAGGUCGGACUUGUGCCUUUUACUCUUUGGAGCCAUGCGAGUAGAUCUGAGGUUAUUGGUUCUGGACUUUGCAGGCUUCGAGUCCACCCUGUCAAUUCGAUCCCUUGCACACUUAGGCUUCACCUUCUCGGCAUCUUGCAUGGGUACUUCUGACUUCUUCUUGUUUGUGUUGGACUUCCUGCACUCGGGACUGAUGCUGUUCCUGAGAUCCUUUGGGCAGCUAGAGUCGACAUUUUUCACUUUCAGCAGAUCUCGUUUGGACUUUUCUCCUUUGGCGCCUGACUGCAUCGACCCUGGCCCCUCAGUAUCUCUGCACAGUUUGGCCGACUUUGGCUCAGCCAUUCCACUCUUCGGGCUGGCGCGCUUCGAGCUGUUGUCAUUGGCUCCGGACAUGGUAGAAGUGGGCUUCGCCCUGUUUCUCCAAGGCCUUGGAUGUCUGGACUCCGCCUCCUUGACCUCUGGAUUCACUCAUCUGGGCUCUCUCUUGCUGGUCUCAGACAUGUCUGAUUUCGACUCCACCUCCUUCGCCCGAUCCAUGGCGCGCUUCGGCUCAACGUCGUUGACCUUUGGCUUCGUGAAGCCUGGCUUCGUGACGUCGGUCUUGGACUGCACGGAGCUCGAUUCCCUGCUGCCUUUGAGGUCCUUUGGACAUAUCGAUUUGAUCUUGUCGGCCUUUAGUCUGUCACGUUUCGAUUUCUUGCCCCCGGCCUUUGACUGCUUGAGCUUGGGCUCCAUCUUGUUCUUGCAAGGCCUGGCGCGACUAGGCUUGGCCUUCUUGAUCUUCGGCUCCACGCGUGUAGAUUUCAUCCUGUUGGUCUUGGACUGCGCCAUCAUGGACAGCUCGAUGCUGGCACGCUCCUUGGCACGUCUGGGCUUCGCCUCCUCGAUCUUUGGCAUAGCCCGCCUAGGCCUCUCAACAUCCAUCUUCGACUUCAUCAGCGUUGGCUUGAGCGCCUCACUGAGGAGUAUGGGACUGUUUGGUAGCUCCAUGUUAGUCUUUGGCACUGCCUCCUUUGGCUUUUCUUCAUCGAUUUUGGAUGCCUCUUGCCUUGAGCCUUUACUGUCGCUGCAUUCGAUGGGCCAUUUGGCAUUGGCCUUGUUACUCUUCGGAUGUGGACGAACGGAACCCUUGUCGCUGGCACUGGACCCCUUGCAUUUGGGCUUGCUCUUGUUCAUGAAGGGCUUCGCGCGCAUGGGCUUAAGCUCCUUGUCGUUUGGCGCUGGACGUCUGGGCUCUUUCUCGUUGGUCUUCGAUUGCGCCAGCUUGGGCUUCUUCUCGCUGCUGCACAGUACUGGGCAACUGGGAUUUCUAUUGUCGGUCUUUGGGAUAGCCCGUAAGGGCGAAGGAACACUCCCCAUCUUAGACUACCUCAAUCUGGGCCCCUCUUUCCUGCUGAGAAGUUACGGGCAAGUGGACUUGGCCCUGCUGGUCUUUGGAUUAACUUGCUUGGGAUUGAUCUUAUCGACUUUUGACUGCAGCUUACUGGAACUGUCCCUGUUCCUGAGAUCACUCACAUACUUGGACUUGAUCAUGCCAGUCUUCCGCUUUAGCAGCACGGGGUCUCCAGCUCCGGUCUUGGACUUCUUGCACCUGGGCCUGUGCAUUUCCUUGCACAGCCAUGCUCAAGCAGGAUUGAUGCCUUCGGCCUUUGGCAAGAUUUGUUUGGGAUCUUCAACUUUGGUGCUUGACAUGGUGACAUUAGACUUCGUCCUGUCCCUCCACAGCCUCACAGCACUUGAGCCGAUGAUGUCCUUGUUUGGCAUGGCAUGUUUUGGUUUAGGGCUUUCAGUCUCGGAUUGCAAUCUGUUGGGAUUUUUUCCGUUCCCGCACAGCAUGGCUUACCUGGACUCCGCACCCUUGGUCUUUGACAGGGUGAAGCUUGAGUUGGCCUCGUUGGCAUUGGACCUUGAAAAUCUGGGCUCCCCGUUCUUCUUGCACUCCCUUGCCCGCUUGGGCCUCACCAUCUUGACCUUCAGUUUGGUUGAGCCUGGCUCCAUCAUAUCAGUUCUGGACUUGGUGUCCUUGAGCUCCUUGCCUUUAGUGCAAAGCCUUGUUUGCUCAGAUCCAUUGUCUUCGGUUUCGGACGUGUCCAAGCUCGAACUUCCCUCGUCGUCACACAGCUCCCUGCACCUGGGCUUCACCCCGCCCGCCUUCGACGCCGUACGCUUGGGUUCGCCCUUCCUGGCGUUGGACCUUGCAUUGCUGGGCUCAGCGUCGUCGACCCGCUCCUGGGCGCGCUUGGGCUUCACCUCCUUGGCCUUCGGUUGGGCGCGCUUCGGCUUCAACCCCUCGGUCCAGAGCUUUGCCAAGCUGGGAUUCUUCCUGUCGGCCUUCAGUCGAGUCAGCUUUGAACUCUCCUUGUUGGCCUUGGACUUUGCACAUCUAGAACUCUUCUUGUUGCUGAAGAGUCUUGCCUACAUGGACUUGGCAUUGUUCAUUUUGGACUGGCUGCAAUUGGGCUUAACAUCGCUUUUAAGAAGCUUUACACGACCCGACUCGUCGCCUUUGACCUUCAGCGUGCCCCGCAUGGAGUUGUCCAUGUCGGUGCUGGAUCUUUUGCAUCUGGAAUCCAUGACAUCAGCCAGAUGCAGUUCUUACAUGGGCCUUCCAUCGUUGGUGCGAUCGCCCGUGCGCACGGACUCUCCACUCUUCGUCCUGAAUCCCGUCCGUCCGGACCUCAUGCCGUCCAUCAGAAGCAUGACUUGCUCGGGCUCCGCACCCUUCGCGUGCGCUCGCUGCACCUUUGAGUCCUCAGCUUCAGUACUGGACCCUUUGUACUUGGAACCCUUGAUGCCCGUCAGGGGCCAUAGUUGCUUGGGAUUCACGAUGUUGGCCUUCUCCUUGGCACGUUUCGACUUGUUACCUUUCACCUUGGACCUCGGUGCUUUCGACUCGGUCCUGCCAGUACGAUCCAUGGGACGCUUAGGCUUCCUUCUGUUCCUCUUCAGCACUUCGCGCUUCGGCUCAGCGACUUCGGCCUCGGACCUUCUGAAUCUGGGCUUCUUGCUGUUGGCUCAAAGCCUUUUACAUUUGGGAUCCGCUCUGUUGGUCUUCUCUCGCAGCAGGUGCGGUUCUUCUCUCUUAGUGCUGGACUUUUUGAAUCUCGACAGUUUCCUGUUGGUGCGCUCCUUCGUGCGGGCAGAGCUCAUGUUGCUAGUCUCCGACUUUGGACACAUUGGCCUGUCGCUGCCGAUCCGCAGCAUGUCUUGUCCUGGUUUGACCUCCUCAGUCUUUAGCACGGCUUGGAUGGGCUUCUCCUUUCCAGUCUUAGACCUUGCACAACCCGAUCUGUCCCCCUUGGCGCGCAGCCUCGUUCGCUUGGGCUUGAUGCCUUCCGUCUCAGACACGGUGCACUUGGACCUCUUGCCCUCCUUGCGGAGCUUUGAUCGUCUGGACUUCACGCUCUUCAUCUUCAAGUGCGCUCGCCCUGACAGCUCCUCGCCGGCCUCGGAUCCUGUGACCUUGGGCCUCACGUUGUCCGCAUGCUCGACCGUGUGUUCGGGACCGUCCUUGUCCACUUCGGACUCUACGCGUUCCGGCAGCUCGUCGUCGCUCAGGAGCUCGGCGCGCUUGGACUCCACCUCGUUGGUCUGUGGGCUGGUGUGGCUGGACUUCAUGUCGUUGGUCUUGGAUCACGUGGAUCUGGACUUCUCCUCGUUCGUGAGAAGUAUGGUAUGCUUCGACUCGUUGCCUUUGGUGUUGGACUCCUUGCACCUUGAAAGCUCCUCGCUGUUGCACUCCUGGGCCAGACUGGGCCCCUCGGCCAGAGAGGAUGGGGCCGCACGUUCUUCCUCCUUGACCUUCAGCCAAGGGCGCCUGGACUCGUUGGUCUCGGCCCUGGACUUUCUACACCUGGGUAGCUCGGCGUUCCUGCGAGGGCACCUUCGCACGGGCUCCACGUCCUCGCCGCUGGACCUCGCGAACUUCGGCUCCACGACCUCCAUGCGGAGCUUCACGCAACCGGCGCCUGCAAUGUCGGCGAGCGGCACGGUAUGGUCGGGGUUGAUGCUGUUGGUGUUGGGGGAGCUGAAGUUAGAGUCCUCCUUGUUGAUACGAAGCCUUUGCCAGCCGGACUUCAUGGUGUCAGUCUUCGACUUUGCCAGAUUGGGCUUCCUAGCAUCCUUGCAAAGCCACCUGUGCGUGGAAUUCAUGAUGUUCGUAUUGGGAGAGACACUCUUCGACUUCUCCUUGUUGGCUUUGGAUUUCUUGCAUUUAGGCUUCCUCUUGCCUGUUCAAAGCCACGUACACCUUGAGCCAACAGCUUUCGCUGUGGAUUUCGCCAACUUCGAACCCUUGGUUUCCAUGCACACAUACACACGGUGUGAAUCGAUGAUGCUGGUCUUGGGUUUGGCUUGCUUCGGACUUCUGAUGCUGGUUUUGGACUUCCAACACAUUGGCUCCUUGCCGCUGAUUCGGCAACUCUUGUGUACUGGCCCUUUGACUUCAACCGUUGGCAUGGGCCGUUCUGACUCCAGCUUGCUUGUCUUAGACCGUGUAACUCCUGGUCCUUCCCCCUCGUUGCGCAGCAUGGUAUGCUUCGGCUUGGUUUCGUUGGCAUUGAGAUGCGCACGACUUGAGUUCUUGCUGUUUCUGUUGGACAGAGUCGAAUGUGGAUCAUCCUUGCCCUCGAGGCACUUCGCACGCUUCAGCCUCUCUUUGUUUGUGACUGGUGUCACCUGCUUUGGUUUCAGCCUGCUGAUUCCGGAUCUUACUUCACUGGGCUUCAGCUUAUCCUCCCAGCAAUUCGUUCACUCCGGUCUCCUUGCUUCGCUCCUGGGUGCCCUCCGCACCGACUCCACGUCGCCCGCCUCGGACGCCGCGGCGCCGGACUCCUCGCUGCCGGCACGAAGCUUCGUGCGGCCAGGCUCGGUCUUGUUGGUGUCAGAUCUCCUGCACUUGGACAGCUCGUCGUUGGUGCGCUCCUCCAUGCGGCCAGACUUGUUGACGUCCGCCUCAUCACGCGCCAGCUUUGAGUUUUCCCUUUUGAUCUUGGAUCUCUUCCACUUGGGCUUGGCCUCUUUCAUGCGAAGCUUUGCCAAGAUGGGCGGGAAUCCUUUAGUGUUGGAUUUCACACAUUUCGGCCCAUUCAUGCUGCUGCAGGCGCUCUUGCGUUCAGGUCCCAUCGUUUCAAUUUCAGGACUCACAUGCUUCGAGCCGCUUCUGUUGGUCUUAGACUCUUUGAAUUUGGGCUCAUUGCUUUUGGUGCAGCAGCCCACGCGGCUGGGCCUGACGCUGUCCGUCAUUAGCAGAGUGACCUUUGGUAGUUGCAUGUUGGUCUUGGACGUGGCUGCGAUCGGCAGUUCGCUCUUCUUGAGGUCGUUCUAUCACUUGGACUUCUCCACGUUCGUGGUGAACAGGGUUCAUUUUGACGCAAGUUCAUUGACCUUGGACUUUGCCUCCUUAGGAUCAUCCCUCUUGGCACAAAGCCUUGGAUGUCUUGGUUCGAGCCUUUUGGUGCUCAGCACAUGUCGACUUGAGCCUUCGGUGUCGGUCUUAGACCAUACGACCUUGGGCUUCUCUUUGUUGGUCAGGAGUUUCGUUUGCCCCGACUCCAACUUCUUGGCCAUCGAUUUUGCUCGAACGGGAAGUUCCCUACUCACCAGAUCCUUCUCCUGCUCGGACUUCACUGUCUUCGUGUGUGGAAUGAGUUGCAUUGGAUUCUCAGUAUUGGCCUUGGACCACUUGAGAACCGACUCCUCCACGUCCAUGCGCUCCGUGGUUCACUCAGGCUUGGCCUCCUUCGCCUCCGGUCUGCUGCGCUCCGGCUCUGCGGCGCCGGCCACGGACUUCCUGCGGUCGGGUCCGGCGCCGUCCUCGCGGUCCAGCGCGCGCUCGGGUUCCGCGUCCUUGGUCUUUAGCUCGACGAAGCCAGAGCUCUUCUUGUUGGUACUGGAUUCCUUACGCCUCGACUCCGCCUUGUUGGCACGAUCCUCUGGGCGUUGCGGCUCAGCUUUGCUGGUCUUGGACCUCGCGCACCUGGGCUUGUCGCCCUUGCUCCGGAGCUUCGCGCGCUUGGGCUCCCUCAUGUUGGUCUCGGACCUUGCACACUUGGCCUUGUUCACGUUGGCCAGGAGUUAUGAACGGAUUGAUUCCAUCUUGCUGGUCAUGGGCUGUGUCCGCUUGGGCUUCAUCCUGUUGACCUUGGACUAUGCCGAGUUUGGUUUGACCCCUUUGCUCCGCAGCUUCUCUCGCAUGGGGCUGUCGACCUUCAUUCUGAACUACGUAAGGGUUGACUUCUUGCACCCCGGUCUGGCCUUCUUGCCGCGCGAUACGGCACGGAUGGACCUGGCUCCGCUGUUGAUGGGCAUCGCGCGAUCGGGUUCCAUCUCACCCGUGCUGGACCUUGCGAGCUUCGGUUUGUCACUCUCCGCGCGGAGCCUCAGCCGCUUGGGCUCGCCGGUGUCGGUGCUGCACCACGUGCGCUUGGGCUUCUUCUCGUCGACUCGCAGCAUGGUGCGGUCGGGGUCGACGUCGCUGAUCUUUAGCAUGGCCCGGAUGGAGCUCAUAGUACCGACUUUGGACUUCGCCAGCUACGAGUCGACCUCGAGCUUUGCCAGACUGGGCUUCCCGUCAUCCGCCUAUGGGGUGACGCUCUUGGGUAGUUUCCUGCUGGCGUUGGACCAUUUGCUCUUGGACUUGACCCUGUUGUCGAGACCAGAGCUUUCCUUGCUGGUGCCUGACCGGGUUCAGUUAGACUUCUCCUUAUUGGCACACUCCUUCACCCGCUCGGGUUCCGCGCCUCUCGCGUCAGACUUCCUGCACUCGGGGUCCACGCCGCCCAUCCGUAGCGCCACACGCAUGGAGUUCACACUGCUGGCCUUCGGAAAGGCAUGCUCGGAGUUCACCCUGUUGGUGUUGGACUUCGUGCCCUCAGGUCUGAGCUUGUUCUUGAGAUCCUUGAUUCACCUCGAAUUCACCUCCUUGGUCUGUGGUCUGGUGAACUUGGAGCUCUUCCUACUGGCCUUGGACCACGUUCAAUUCGGCUUGCCUCCUUCGCUGCGCAGCUCCUUGUACCCCGGCUUCUUGGUUUCCGUCUCGGACGUGGCUCACUUGGGCUUCUCCUUGUCCUUGCAAAGCCACGUUCAUUUCGACUCCAGCACGUCUGUCCCGGACUUCUUGCACUUGGGCUCUUCCCUGCCAUCGCGGAACUCCUGCCACUUGGGUUUCACCUUAUUGGUCCCUGGCGCCGCGCGGGUGGACUUGAUGCUGUUGGUCUUGGACCACACGCUCCUAGAGCCUUCCAUGUCGAUCAGGUCGCUUGUGCAACUGGGACCCAUUCCUUCAGCGAUGGAUCCUGUGAGAUCGGGUUCGAUCAUGUCCGUCCGAAGCCAUGCGAAGCUUGGCUUGACCUUGUUGGUGGUUGGCUUGAACCGCCCAGGAUCCGUCUCCUUGUUGCCGGUGAUCGAGACCACGAAUCCGGGAUUCUCGCUCUUCACCAGGAGCCUCUUGUGCUGCGGAAGCACUCUGUUGGCUUUAGACUUUAUUCACCUGGACAGCUCCAUGUUGCUGCGAUCCUUUGUUCACACGGGCUCGUGUUUGUCGGCGCUGGAUCCUUUGCACCUGGGCUUCUCGCUCUUCUUGCCUGGUUUCGUCAUGCUGGCACUCAACUACGCGCGCCCGGGCUUCUUCAUGUCGUCGAGAUCUUGGGGCCGCUGUGACUUCUCCAUAUUCGCGAUAGGCAUCUUGCAGUUAGGAUCCACCUUGCUGGUGCUGGACCUCGUUGAGCUUGACUUCUUGCUGUCAAUCCAGAGCUCUUCAUGCUUGGGCUCAUCAACCUUGGCCUUAGACGUGGCGCACCUCGAACCUUUGACAUCCUCGCGCAGCAUGAGUUGCUUGGGCUCCCCGUCGUUGAUCUUCGACACUUGCAGAUUAGGAAGUACGUCAUCGGUCUUGGGAGCCUUAACUCUUGAAUCCUCGUCGUCCGUGCAAAGCUCUUGCAGGUUGGGUUCAACGGCUUUCGUCUCGGACUAUGGGCGUUUUGGCUUGUCGACCUUCUCAAGAGCCAUUUUGCGACUGGGCUUCAGCCUGUUGGUUGUGGGCUGCAGUAGACUCGAAAGUAUCCUGCUGGUCUUGGAUGCGGUGAACUUGGGAUUCCUGCCGUUGACCCGAUCCUUUGUUUGCAUGGGCUUGGCGCUUUUGGUCUUGGAUCUCCUUCAUCCCGAACUCCUGCUGCCACCCCGAGCCAUGUCACAGCCUGAUUUCCCAUCAUCACUCAUGUCAAGAAGUCGACCUGGAUCAAGCCUAUCAGCUCUGGACCUUCUCCACUUAGAUCCGGCCUUGUUUCUACACAGCUCUGCAUGCACGGGUUUGGCAGCACCAGUCUUGGACUUUUUGCAUCUGGGAUUCUCCACUCCUUUGCGGAGCUUUCUCUACUCAGGCUCAGCUUCAUCGAUCUUCUCCACUUCAAGGCUUGGGUCCUCCCUACUAGCGCUGGACUCUUUGCACUUAGAACCUUUGACUUUGAUUCACAGCUUUGCCCACAUGGGCUUCACCAUUUCUGCAUUGGAUGUGGUAAACCUUGGGCCGCUCUUGUUGACCAGGAGCCUUGCUCGCUUUGGAUUUAGCCUCUUGGUGUUGGACUUCCUGCACUUGGGAUUCAUGCCUUCCUUGCACAGUCUCAUCCAUUUAGGCUUCAGCUUCUUGGUCUUGAGCCGUUCGGCUUUGGGUAGCACUUCGUCCGUGCUGGAUCCUUUGCAUUCAGACUCCUCCUUAUUCGCACGCAGCUUCACUUGCUUCGGCUCCUGCUCGUUGGCCUUGGAUUCCACGCAUCUCGACUCGAGCACCUCCCUCCGGAGCUUUUGCCGCCUGGACUUCAUGCCGUCGGUCGUGGGCUUGAAUCGUUCUGGCUCCGUCUUCUCGCCCUUGGUGAUCGAAUGCACUUCGCCAGGGAGUUCGCUGCUGGCGCGGAGCUCCGCAUGUCUUGGCUCGGUGGCGCUGACCUUGGAUCUCCUGACCUUGGGAUUCUCCGUCUUCUUGAAGAGUCACAUGUGCUCUGACCCGACCGUGUUCCCAUGCGGACGCUUGCGCUUGGGCUUCAGCCUGUUGACUUUAGAUCUCAUCCAGCUCGGCUUCUUGCCCUUGUUGCGGAGUGUCGCAUGCUUUGACUAUGUUUCAAUGGGCUUCAUCUCGUUGGUGCGUAGUUGCGUGCGUUUGGACCCUGUGGCGUUGGUCUUGGACCUUCUGAAACUGGGCUCCAACCUGCCCACGCGAUCCUCCACACGCUUGGAGCUCAUCCCGUCGGUCUUCAGCACUAGCAGACCAGAGUUGAUGGUGUUGGUGUCGGACUGCGUGAAUCUGGAGAGCUCCUCGUCGGCCCGGAGUCCUGUGCAUUUGGGCCUGGCGAUGUUGGCCUUGGACUUCCUUCAUUUGGGCUUCGCACCGUUGUUGAGGCAAUCUGCAUGCCCGGACUUCACCUUCUUGAUCUCCGGCAGCCUUCAACUCGACUUCUUGCCUUUGACACUUGAUGUGGUCAGCACGGCAUCUAUGACGUCCUCGCGCUCCUUCGCAUGUCCUGAGUUGAUACUUUCAGUUUUGGACAAGGCAAGCUCGGGACCCACUCCGCCCUUGCAAAGCCUCGUUUGCUUAGGCUUCGUCUUGUUGGCCUUAGACUUUUUACACCUGGACCUGUCUUUGUCGCUCAAAAGCCAUGUUCGCCCUGGCAGCUUCACAUCUGCCUGUGGCGUCGCCUGGCUCGAGUUGUCCUUACUGGUGCUGGAUCAUUUGCAAUCAGACUCUUCACUCCUUUUACGCAGCACGGCACAGGUCAAUUCUACUCUCUUUCUCUUGGGCCGCUCACACUUGGGCUCUCCCUUGCCACUCUUGGACUCCAUUCAGAUUGACCUGCUGGUGUCGGCAAAAAGCCUUGCCAGGCCCGAGUUGGCGGCUUCGAUCUUGGAGCUCAUCCAUUUGGACUUCUUCUCGUCCUCGCGGCAACCCGCUCGUUCAAACUCCUCGACGCCAGCCAUCCGCGCCGCACGCGUGGGCUUGCUGCCGUUGGUACUGGACCGGACGUUGCUGGGCUCGCUGUCGCUGGCCAGGAGCUUCGUGCGCAUGGGAUUGGCACCUUUCGCCUUGGACUUUGCACAUUUGGAGUUGAGCUUGUUGGUCCGAAGCCAUGCCCGACCAGGCUUCUUGGUGCCGGUGCUAGAUCUUCUGUCCCAUGCACACCCUGGCUUGGCAGCAUCCAUGCUGGACUUCCUGCAUCUUGGCUCUUCCGUCUUUGUGAAGAACAUGGCUAGACCAAGUUUAUUCUUGUUGGCCUUCGGUCGAGUUUGUCUUGACUUCACCACUCCAGUGCUGGACCGCACGCAUUUGGGCCUUUUGCCAUCUGUGCAAAGCUUGGUCUGCUUCGGCUUGAGCUUGUUGGUCCUGGACUCUUUGCAUUUGGACUUCUCCACGUUUCCACACACCCAUUGCCGAACUGCCUCCUUCUUGCCCGCCGCAGGGGUCGCUCGCUUGGAAUUUGCUUCGUCGGUGUUGGACCCCGUCCAUUUGGGAUUCGUGAUGCUCGUGCGGAGCACGGCGAGGUCGGGGAGCUUCCUAUUCACCUUGGACCUUUUGCAAUUGGGAUUCUUCUUGCUUUUGAGGCAAUCCUCAUGUUCAGGUUCCUUCACUUCAAUGGUGGGCAUGGCUUGCCUCGACUCCAUCCUGCCGACUCUGGACUUUGUGCAGAUCGAGUCCAUAGUGCCUUUGCGAAGUCAUGCACACCUUGAGCCAGCGGCUUCGAUCUUGGACUUUGCACAUACCGGAUCGUCCACGCUCCUACGAAGCUCUUUCCAUCCCGGCUCCUCGGCGCUGAUUCUGGACUGGUCUCACUCGGACUUCUUCUUGCCAAUACGUUCCCUUGGUCAUCUGGACUCUUCGAUCUUCAUCCCGGACCUCUUACAUCCAGGCUUGUUCUUGUCCGUCCGCAGCUUCACUUGCCUCGGCUCCGCCUCAUCCGCCACGGACCUCCUCCACCCGGGUUUCUCCCCGCCGGCACGGAGCCUCGCACGGGCCGGGUUGGCCAUGCCGGUGUUGGACCUCGCCAAGUUCGCGCCCUCCAUCUCGGCCAGGAACUAUCAGCGGAUUGAGCUGCUACUGUUAGUCACGGGAGGUUGCAAUCUGGACCUCUCACUAUCACCUUUGGACCAUGUGCAUCUGGAGUUCUUCUCGUCCUCGCACAGCGUGGCAUGGCUCGGCUUCUUGUUGUUGGUCCUGGACCUCUUAAAGUUGGGAUUCUUCUUGUUUUCGCGCAAUCUCUACUGCGCGGGCUCGGCGGUCUUGGCCAUUGGAUGCGUGCGCUUGAACUUGCUUUCGCUGGUGUCGGAUUUCGUGACCUUGGGAUUGUCCACUUCAUUGCACAGCGUGGCACGGACCAGCUUUUUGGUGUUGGCUUUGGACUUCCUCCAUCUGGGAUCUUCGGUCUUCCUGCACGCCUACAUGCGAUUGGCUUCUUUGUUGUUGGUCUUUGGGUGUGCUUGCUCAGGCCCCUUCUUGCCCAUUUCGGACAUUGCACAUUUGGAGCUACCCUUGCUUGUGCGAAGCUUCUCCCACUUGGGCUUCGCGGCUUCGGUCUUGGAUUUCCUUCAUCUGGAGCUCAUGCUGUCCUCGCGACUUCCGAUGCCAGUCUUGGACUUUGUGCACCUGGACUUCUCCUUGUCGGCACACAGUUGUGCACGAUCGGACCUGGCGGCCUCAGCCUUGGACUUCCUUCAUUCAGGACCCAUGUUGUUGGCACGAAGCUCUGCAAGCUUUGAGUCCUCCCUGUUCUUGCGAAUGCCUUCAUGCUCUGACAGCCCCUUCUUCUUGGUGGGCAUUGCUCGUUUGGACUCCAUGCUGUCGAUCCUUGAUGGUGUCCACAUGGGCUUCUUCUUGUCCAUCAGAAGCUGCACAUGCCCCGGCUCAGCCAUGUUCGUCUUGGAUUUCCUGCAUUUGGGUUCCCUGAUGCCCAUUCGAAUCCUUGCACGCAUUGGAUCCUCCUGCUCGGUCUUCGGAAUGACCCGCUGUGGCUCCUCCUCUUUGCCCUUGGACCCCACGCACUCGGGCUCGGCCACGUUCACACGCAGUCGCGCAUGGUCCGGUCCGGUGAUUUCAGCCUUGGACCUCUUGCAUCUCGACCCGCCCGUGUUCUUGAGGCAACUCGCAUGCUUCGGCUUCUCCUCGUUGAUCUUUGGAAGGUGUCGACUGGGUUUCACAGUGCUGGUGCUGGACCACGCACAUUUCGACCCGUUGCUGUCCUUGAGGAGCUUCGCAAGGCUAGGAUUCAGCUUGUCCGCGCCGGACUUGUUACACCUUGAAUUCCUCCUAUCCAUGCAAUCCUUCUCACACUUGGGCUUUUUCACGUUCACGUCCAGUCGAUCGCGAUCGGACUUGUUCUCUUCGAUCCUGGACUUUGCAGAUUUGGGCUUGGUGUUGCUGGUGCGCAGCUUUGGAUGCUUUGGAUUCAUGUCGUUUUCACACAGUUCCUCGACUCUCGACUUCGCCUUUUUACUGCUGGGCUCAGCUCGCUUCAACUUGUCCCUCUUGGCCUUGGAUUGGGUGGCCUUCGACUCCUUCAUGUCCUUGCGCAGUAUGGCUCACGUGGGAUUCUUGAUGUCUAUUCUUGACCUUCUGCACCCGGGGCCAACGACUUCCUUAAAGAGUUUUGACCGAUCUGAGUCGAUGUUUUUGGCCUUCGGCCUGUCUCGCUCUGAGUCGAUGGUGUCAUCGCUGGAUCACGCGCUUCCAGGCAGCUUUUUGUCCGUUAGGAGCAUGGUGAGACUUGGGUUUGCAUUGUUGAUUUUGGACUUCCUGCAUUCGGGAUUUUCACUGUCUAUCCAAAACUUCUGCCAAAUCGGAUCAUGCUCCUUGGUCUUCGGUGGGGUAAGGCCCGGCUUCUUGUUGUUGGUGAUGGACAUGGCACACUUCGGCUUGCUGUUUUCAAUCCAAAGCUUCCUGCAACCGGGUUUGGCCUUCUUGAUUUUCGGCAUCUCACGGAUGGAAUUGAUCUUGUCGGCCUUGGAUUCUGUACACUUAGAGCUGCCGCUGUUGGCCAGAAGCACGGUGAGAUUUGGCUUCUUGCUGUUGAUCUUGGACUUCUUGCAUUUGGGCUUGAUCUCGUUGGUUCGAAGCUUUGCGAACUUUGACUUCACCUUGCUCUUGAGGCAAAUGGCUCGGCUUGGCUUCUGCUCUUCAUUGUUUGGACUGUCUCGUGUUGGACCUCCUUUGCUCCUCUUGGACUAUGGAUACCUGGACUCCCCGAUGUCUAUCCGUUCGCUCGCCCACGUGGGCCUCGCCGCGCUGGUGUUGGAUUUUUUGCAUAUGGGAUCCCCGUUGCUGCCCCGAAGCCCUAAGCAUUUCGGAUCGACCUUCUUAGCCUUUGGCCUGUCAUGUCCCGAACUGAUCCUGUCGGUGCUGGACCUUGUUCAUUCAGAGUUUUCGAUGUUGGCACAAAGCAUGGCCCAAUCCGAGUCGCUGAUAUUGGUCUUGGACUCCUUGCAUCUGGGCCUUCCCUCAUUGCUUCAAAGUCUUGCAUGUCUGGACUCGGCCUUCUCUGUCUUUGGCUUGGCACGCUUGGGCUUCAGCGUCUCAGCCUUAGACUACGCCCUAUUGGGACCCGUGUCGUCCCUGCGCUCCUCCGCGCGCUCAGGCUUGGCUUCGCUGGUGUCAGACCUCCUACGCUUGGGCUUCACCCUGUCUUUACGCAGCUCCUUCUGCUUGGGAUUCGCCUCUCUAGUCUUCGGCAUGAGUAAAUGUGGCUCAUCACCUUCACUGUUGGACAGCGCCUACUUGGGCUUCCCACUCUCGCUCCAUAGCAUGGCAUGGCCCGGGCCAGCACUUCCAGCUCUGGACCUCUUGCACCUAGGCCUGUCAAUCUCGCUUCACAGCCCUGCCCAGCUGGGUUCGGCCUUUUCCAUCUUCCAGCGCAUGAAGCUUGAUCUCUCCCCAUCCACCCUGGACCCCACGCAUUUAGACUUGGCCACGUUCAUCCGUAGCCUCGGCCGCUUCGGCUUCCAGUUCUCCGCCUUCGGCAUGACGUGCCUCGGCCCUUCGACGCCUCCCUUGGACUUCGCUCUGCUGGACCCCACGCCCUCGCCGCGGAGCUUCGCGCAACUGGACCCGCCGGCGCCGGCGAUCGACCCUUUGCAUAUUGAGCCCAUGCCUUCGACGAGGAGCCUCGCAUGGAUGGAGUUGGUCGUGUUGGCCUUGGAUCUCCUACAUCUGGAGUCCUUGUUGCUGUCAAGGAGCUUUACAAGAGUGGGACUCCUGAUGCCUUUGCCGGACCUCAUGCAUGUUGGGCCACUGAUUUUACUCCGAUCCUUUGGUCGACUUGGCCUUGCAGUCUUAAUGCUGGACCUCCUCCACAUGGGCUUCUCACCUUCCCUCCAAUCCAUGUGUCACUUGGGCAGCGCCUCCUUGGUUUUUGGAAAGUGCCAACUUGGCUUCCCCAUGUCCUCGCUGGACCCUGGCAGUUUGGGCCUCACUUUGCCCGUCCGCAGUUCCUCUCACUUCGACUCUGCAAUGCCGGCACCCGACCCCCCUGCACCCGGGAUCCAGCCUGCUGCCGAGAAGCUCCGCUUGACUGGGCAGCGCCUGGUGUCGUUGGCUCCGAGUAGGGUAGCCUUUGGCUCCUCAGCGCUUCUGUUGGACUUCAUCCACCUCGACAGCCUCCUGUUGGCUCGAAGCUCUGUUUGGAUGGGUUUCGCCAUAUCAGUCUUGGACUCCUUGCAUUCAGGCUCGUCUGUAUCCACUCGUAGCUGGGGACACAUGGGCUCUUGCGUGUUGGUGUCAGAUUUCUUACACUUGGACUUGAGCUCAUCGACUCGAAGCCUCGUGCGUACCGGGCUACCUUCAUUCAUCCUGGACCUUGCACACUGCGACUCCUCCUUCUCCACCCGCUCCUUUGCACACUGUGGUAGCUCUCUGCCCAUCCUGGACCUCUUGCAUCUGGGCUUCUUCGUUUUACUGAGAAGCUCCGGACAUGUGGACUCGGCCUUCCUCGCCUUUGGACUGUCACGUCCGGGAUUCUGUCUCUUGGCCUUGGACCAUGUGAAUCUGGGCUUGAUCUUGUCCAUUCGUAGCAUUUCGCGACUGAACUUGGGGCUCUUGGUCUUGGACUUCUUGCACUUAGACUCCAACUCGUUGGUUCAAAGCAUGGUCCACAUGGGCUUCGCCUCUUCUGUGUUCGGCAUCGCUUGCUUGGGCUUCUCCCUAUCCUUGCUGGACUCCGCCAUGUUGGGAUUCUUCUUGUUGACUCAAAGCAUUGGGCAUCUUGAGCUGGUGGCCUUGGUCUUGGAUCUUCUUCAUAUGGGCUCGUCCAUUUCACUCCGGUCAUAUGCUCGGAUGGAUCCUUUGGUCUUCAUCUUGGACUUGGGCCACUUGGGCUUGUCACCCCCGUUACGCUCGAUGGCGCGCACAGGCCUCGCGGCGUUCGCGUUGGAUCUCGCGCACUUGGGUUUCACCCCACCGUCACGCAGCGCGGGCGCCCGGCGCGAGCCGGCGGUGGUUCGGAAGUUCCGCGCGCGGAGGGCGAAAGACCCGGGGGCUCCGAGUCGCGACUUCCGGGCAAGGCGCUGGACCUCGGUGCUACUGGGCCGUUGGGUGCCUAGAAGGCGUGGUGGGAAGGUCAAUGGGGUGGCGGAAGGCAGUCCCAUGCAGUCCCAGGUCCCCCUCCUCACGAAGUUUCGCGCGAGAGAGGCUGAGCGGCAGUUGUGGGCGAGAGAGGAGUUGCGUGUCCAAGCCCAACGCCCGAGUUGUGGGCCUCGCUUUGAGGGUUGGUGCCUCUUCCAGAUCCGGCAGCGGAUCUCCGGAACGAGCUAUGGACAAAUUGGCCUUGCAUUCUUCGUCUCUAGCAUGACUUGCCCUGAACUCAUCCUGUCAGCGUCGGAUUUCGCGCUCUUGGGAUCGUCCGUGUUUCUGCGAAGCCUUGGACGACUAGGUCUGGUGAUGCUUGCCUUUGACUUCGCGGAACCGGAAUUUUCGAUGUCGAUGCGCUCGAUGGUUCGCUUCGGUUUGACGACGCUGGUCUUUGGCAUGUCGAGAACGGACUUCUUCUUGUUGAUCUUGGAUUUCGCUCUGCUAGACUUCAGCCUGCCCAUCCGAAGUCAUGCUUGCUUGGGAUCCUCCCUCUUGGUCUUGGACCUUUUGCAUCUGGACUCGGCCGCCUUCAUGCGCUCCUACACUCGAAUGGACUUCCUGAUGUUCACCUCGGACCUCGCGCACCUCGGCUCCUCCACCUCGCUCCGGUCCCUUUCCCAGGCGGACUUGUUGGCGCCGAUCUCGGACCCUUGCCACGCGGACUCGGCGCCGUUCUCGCGGAGCCUCGCGCAUUUGGAGUCGGCGUUCUUGAUUUUGGAGUUCGCUCAUUUGGACUCGUCGAUGUCUUUGCGCAGCUAUGCUUGUUUGGGCUCCUUGGUGUUGAUUCUGGAUCUUGCACAUUCAGAGCUUCCCCCGUCGAUCCACAGCCAUGCUCAACCGGACUUCGUGGUGCUGUUGUUGGACUACUUGCGGCUCGACUUCACGCUCCCGGCGCGCAGCUUCGGACGGCCCGGGUCCUCAUCCUUGGCAUUUCAAAAGGCCCAACUGGAGUUCUUCUUGUUGAUCUUGGACUUUGCUUGCCUAGACUUGGCCUCGUUGGCACGAAGCUCGGCGCGCUUUGGCUUAGUCUCUUUGACCUUGGACCUUGGCUUCUUCGACUUUCUCAUGUCCGUCAGAUCCUCCGCGCGCUUCGGCUCCGCGGCCUCUUCGUUCGGCAUCGGGCGCUUCGACUUCGCGGCGCCUCUGUUGGAUCUCGCGCUGCUGGGCUCCGCGGCGCCGGUGCGGAGUUGCGCGAGGCUGGGAUUGGCGCCGUUGGUGUUGGAUCUCUUGCACUUGGAGCUCAUGUUGUUGGCACGAUCCUUUGGAUACUUGGGCUUGGCCUUCUUGGCCUUUGGACAGGCAUGCUUAGGUUUGGCCACGUCGAUCUCGGACCUCAGCAAUUCGGGAUUCUUAACUCUGGUCAGAAGCAUGGCAAGGUUUGACCUGGUGAUGUCAGUGUUUGACCUUUUGCACUUGGGCCUAUCAAUGCCUUUGCACUCGUUUGCACGUUUUGGCCUGGCCUUCUUCGUGUAUGGACAGGUAUGUUUUGACUCCAUGGUACCGGCCUUAGAUAUGAUUCAUCUCGGCUUCCUCUUGUCGAUUCGAAGCUUUGCUCAAGCCGGGCUCCUGAUGUUGGUCUUGGAUUUCUUGCAUUUGGGCUCUUCGCUGUUCACACACAGUUCCGGUUACUUAGACCUCGCCAUGUCAGCUCUGGACCCCUUACAUAUGGGCUCCUCCGUUUUCUUGCGAGGCCUCGUGCAACUGGGCUCCACCUUCUCCACCUUCGGCUGGGCGUGUUAUGGCUCGAAUCUGUCGGCACGGAGCUCUGUGACCUUGGACUUGGCCUUUUUCUCGUUCGGCAUCGGAUGUCUCGACUCCAUGCCUUUCGCCCUGGACCAUGUGACGCUGGGCUUCUCCCCGUCGGCGCGCAGCUUCGCACGCUGUGGCUUGGUGCUGUCGGUGUUGGAUUCCUUGCACUUGGGUUUCUUGACGUCGUCGAGAUCCUUUGGGUGUAUGGGCUUGGCCUUUUCAACUUUCGGGCUUAGCAGGAUGGACUUCUUGUUGUUGGUCUCGGACCCCUUGCACCCGGGCUCCUCGGCCUUCGCGAGGAGCUUUGCCAAGCUGGACUUGGUGCUGUUGAUCUUAGAUUUCCUGCACUCAGGUCUUCCACUUCCAGUGAGGUCGUUUGCACGAGCUGACUUCUUCGUGUCAGUGCUUGGCCUGGGAAGAGCAGGCUUUGUGUUCUUCCUGUCCAUCAUCGAUCAUGCGAUCUCCGGCCCCCUGCUGUUGUUGAGGUCUGUUGCAAGGAUGGGCUUGGCUGCUUCGGCCCUGGACUUCCUGCAUAUGGGUUUCUUCAUGUUGCCUAAGAGCCCCUCACAGCCUGAUCCAAGCUUCUUGGUCUUUGGCAUCACUUGCACGGGUUUCUUGCUUCUGGCCUUGGACUUUACAGCACUGGGCCUGGUCCCCUUCCUUGCUGCGAAGUUUUGCUUGAGCCGACCCGGCUGCCUCAUGGUGCUGGUCUUCUACUUUGCACAUCUUGGACUCUCGCUUUCGGCGAGAUCAUCCUCUUGGCUGAACCCAGCGGUCUCAACUCUAGACUUCUUGCGCUUGGGGUUGCCCUUGUCCACUCGCUUCUUAACGUUCUUGCGCAGCUUCGCAUGCCUGGGCUUGGCCUUGUCGGUCUUUGACCUCCUACAUUUGGGCCUCCCCUUGUUCCUUCACAGCCACAUUCGGGUGGGAUUUCCGCCCUCCACCUUUGGCCUUGCUAGACUUGGAAGUACCAUGCUGGCCUCAGAUGCCAUGACUCCAGGGUUAACGACCUUGCCGAGAAGCUUGGUCUUCUUGCUCUUGGUGGUGGACUACACGUUUUUGGGACUCUUGACGUUCGUACAAAGCUUGGCAAGGCUUGGCCCAGUGACAUUGGCCUUGGACUCUUUACAUUUGGGAUUUGUGCCAUUCAUUCAAAGCUCUGGCCGCUUUGGUUCCAGCUCAUUGGCGCCGGACUUCUUGCACUUGGGGCCUUCGGCGUUGAUUCGUAGCCCUACGCAUGUGGACCUGGCCGUGUUGGUACUUGACCUCGCGCAUGCGGAGCUGUCGUCGUCUCUUCGCAGCUCUGCCAGAACGGGCUUCGUCUUAUUGGUUUUAGAUUCUUUACACCCCGGCCUGCCGCCUCUGCCACACUCGUUCGCCCAACAGGACUCGGUGGCUUCAGUCUUUGGCAUGGUCUGCCUCGAGCUCUCGGUCUCCGCCUUGGACUUUGCCAUCUUCGGCUCCUCGCUGCUUUCGCGAAGCUGUGUACGACCUGAGCCCCUGUCGUUGGCGCUGGACUCUUUACACUUGGAGAGCUGUGCUCAUUUCGGCUUGCUGCUAUUGGUCUUGGACUCCCUGCACAUAGGCUUCUCCCUUUUGGCACGUAGCUUUGCACGUCAUGACCUCGCAAUGUCCGCCUUCAGCCUGUCGCGUCUGGACUUCUUCUCGCCGGUCUCAGAUGCCGUGCACUUCGACCUGUCCAUCUUCUUGCGCAGCACGGCGCGCUCCGGGUUCGCUCCCUUGGUCUUGGACCUCCUGCACAUCGGACCCAUGCCUUUGGCGCGCAGCCCCGUGAGGUGUGGCUCGUGCUUCUUGGCCAUGGGCACGGCACGCUAUGGAUUGACGCCUUUGGUGAGGAGCGUGGCCAGCAUGAACUUCACUUUAUUGGUCUUGGAUUUCGCGGUCGUAGACUUCAGCACGCCCUUGCACAGCUUCGGCCGCCCAGACUCGGCUCCGUCUGCCUCGGAUCCUUUGCAUUUGGACUCACCGGUGUUGCCGAGGAGCUCCGUGCGCUUUGGAUUGGCCCUGUUGGUCUUUGGAUUGGGAUGUAUGGAGUCGUUGAUGUUGGCAUUGGAUCGCGUGCACUUGGGUCUCAUCUUGCUCUCAAGGAGUUCGGCAUACACGGGCUCGUCGGUCUUGGUCUUGGACCUUCUGCACUCGGAGUUCCUGAUGCCUUUGCACUCCUGCUUCCGUGGUGGCUUUCCAGUGUUGGUCUUGGACCUCUUGCACACUGGACCUUUCUCGCCCUCGAGAUCGCUCUCUCAAAUGAACUUUGUGUUUUUCUUGAUGGGUAAGGCCAGCUUUGAUUCGUUCACACUAGCUUUGGACUCUGUGCAUCCUGGAAGCUUGAUGUCUUUGAGGUCCUUUGCCCACAUUGGUUUGUCAGUGCUGACCUCUGACUUUCUCCACCUUGGCCUGCUGAUGUCCUCAAGAUCUUUCAGUCUAAGUCGACUUGGCUUGGCACCCUUGACCUCAGACUUUACACACUUGGACUUUUCGAUGUCAGUGCAAAGCACGGCGAAGCUGGGCCCUGCUUUGCCAGCGCUGGACCUUCUGCAUCUGGGCCCUUCGCCCCUGGUCCGAGGCUUUGUGCGGAUGGGUUUCAUGUUGUCCGUCUUUGGGGAUAUCCGCUUCCCCAACGGCUUUGCGAACGAGAACUUAUCCAUCCUAAGUAGGGUGCGAUUUGGCUUCUCCUUGUUCGUGUCGGAUUGGACGACUUCUGGAUCUUCCUUAUCAGCCAGAAGUUUCGUUUGUUGUGGCUUGGCCGUGCUAGUCUUGGACUUCUUGCACUUGGGAUUCUUGCCGUUGAUGCGAAGCUCCGUUCGAUCUGAAUUGAACCUCAUGGCACAGCUGGGUUCGGUGACGCUGGUCUUGGACCCUUUGCACUUGGGAUCUUUGCUGUUCUUGAGGUCUCACGCGCGCUGCGAGUUGACGUUCUUGGUCUAUGACUUUGCGCAUAUGGGACCCUUUCUCUCCUCGCGGUCUUUUGCUCAAAUGGGGUCCGUACCAUUAGCCACGGGCUUGUGUAGAUUGGAGUUCACAGUCUUGGUGUUGGAUUUCAGUGCUCUAGAGUUCUUGGUGUUGGUCAGAAGCCUUGCUUGCUUGGGACCCUUCUUGUUGAUUUCAGACUUCCUCCAACUGGGCUCCUCAACCUCUUUGCACAGCUUCGUUUGUUGUGACUCCAUUCCGCUGGUCUCUGGCAUGUUGCGCAUGAGCUCAUUAGUGCCUAUUCUGGAUCUUGCACAUUUGGAGCCCAUCUUGUCAGCUAGGUCAUUCGCACAUUUAGGCAGUGGCGUGCCAAUACUGGACUUGGUGCAUUUCGACUCAUUUUUGUUUUCACGUAGCUUCGCACAGUUGGACCUAGCUUCCUUCGCCUUCGGCGUCACUCGCUUGGGCUUUGCCUUGCUGGCGCUGGACCGCAGCCAUUUGGACUUCUUCUUGUUUCUACACUCCUUUGGACGUUCAGACUUCGCUUCCUUGGCCUCUGGUAUGGCGAAGUUGGACUUGAUGUGUUCGGCCUUGGACGCGACGCACUUGGGCUCCAGCUCAUCCUCGCGCUCCCUCGCCCGCACUGAUUCCGCCGCCUUGGCGCUGGACUCCACCUUUGUCGGCUUGACCUCGUCGAUGCGCUCCUUCGUGCACGUUGGCCCGGCGAUGUUGGCGGUGGGCUUAAGUCGCUCGGGCUCGCUCUUCGUGCUACCGGUGGCGGAGCAUGUGACUUUGGACCCCUCCUCGUUAGCACGAAGCUGCGCGCGCUUGGGAAGCUCCUUGUUGGUGCUGAAUUAUGCCAGACUUGGACUGUUCAUGUCCAUCCGAAGCUUUGGUCGACCCGACUCCUUGCUCUUGGUGAUGAACCUGGCACGCUUUGACCCGAUGCCUUUAACCUCGGACUCCACGGCCUCAGAGUUCGCGUUGUUGGUGCAAUCCUUCGUAAGGCUCGGCUUGAUGUCUUUGGCCUUGGACCUAGCGCACCUGGAAUUCCUGAUGUCAUCACAGUCUUCCACUCGAUGUGAUUUCACCAUGCUGGCCUUCGGUCUGGCUCGAAUGGGUUCGAUUGUGCCCGUUUUGGACUAUGCCUUCUUGGACUCCUCUCCCCCAACCCGGAGCUUUGCUCACCUUGAACUGCCACUGUCAGCUUUGGACUCUUUCCGCUUAGACUUUCCCUUGUCUUCGCGCGGCUACGGUCAGGUCGGUCCAGUGCCGUUCCCCUUUGGCUUGGGCCGCGCAGGAUUGAUCUUCUCCCUACCGAUCAUCGACUAUACUCACCCGGAGUUCUUCAUGUCUCCUCGAAGCAUUUCUCGCCCGGGCCCAGUCUUGUUGACCUUGGACAGUGCUCAUUUGGGCCCCUUCACGUUGUCGCGAAUGCUGGGCUUGAGCAGACUGGGCUCAGUCUUCAGCUUGUCGGUCAUCGCAUCAUGCUAUUUGGGCUUCGCCUUGUCCUCAAGAAGUUUUGCUUACUGCGACUCUGUUCUGUUGAUCUUGGAUUCUUUACAUCCCGAACCUUCACCUCUGGUUCACAGCUAUGGAUGCCUUGACUCAGCUCUCUUGGUCUUUGGGAUGACUCGACCAGGUAGCCAGCUCUUGAUUUUGGACCUCUCCACUAUCGGCUCCGCCUCAUCAGCCCGAUCUUCCAGCCAACCUGGCUUGUCGCUCUCGGCCUUUGACCUCGCGCACGUCGACUCAAUGCCCUCGACUCAAGGCUCCUUAAGGUUCGACCUUCCAACCUCCACGAUUGGCAUGAGCUGCUUGGGUUUGGUCUUCUUGCUCUCGGUGGUGGACUACAGCUUCUUAGGUUUCUCUUUGUUCACACGAAGCAUGGCAUACUUCGGCCCUUUGGUCUCGGUCUUGGAUCUCUUACAUCUGGGCUCUUCGCUCUCAUCACGUUCCUUCGGAUGCUUUGGUUCGCUGCUGCUGGCCUUGGACCUUUUGCACAUGGGCUCAUCGGGAGCCAAGCGGCUCCGCGAGUCUCUCGUGGAGCUGCGAACAGAAAGCGCCUGGUGGACCAGUGGACAGCAAGCGCGUGUCGUAUGUGCUGGAUCUUCCAAACUCUGCGACAACUCUGCCGGUUUGAUGGAAGUGCCGCAGACACGGCAGGUCAUUUCCUCCACCUGCCCGGGCUUGUCGCCAUCCCUGCGGAGCUUGGCACGCUUUGAUUCGGGCCUGUUGGUGCUGGACCUCCUGCACUUGGGCUUCUCCUCGUUGCUCCACAGUGGGGCGCCCCGAGAAGACGACUUGGGCUUUGCACACACGGACUCCGUGCUGUUGGUGGUCGGGCAAAGCAAAUUGGACUUCUCCUCGUCCGUCUUGGACUUCCUGCACUUGGGCCUGGCCAUGUUCUUGCACAGCCUCGCGUGCUGCGAACCAGCCAUGCCGGUCUUUGACCUCCUGCAUUUAGGCUCCCCGUCGCCGAUGCGUAGCUUUUCGCGCUUGGGCUUCUCGUGCUCUUUGUUAGGCUUGUCGCGUCCUGGGUCAGUGUCCUUGCUGUCGACCAUUAGCAGUGCACUUUUGGAGCCUUUGGUGCUGAUUCGAAGUGUGUCAAGGCUUGGCUUCGCACUCCCAGUCUUUGACUUCUUGCAUAUCGGAAGCCUGUUUUUGCUUCGCAGCAUGGCUUACUUUGACCUCUUCAUGUCCGCCUCCGGCCUCUCGCGUUUGGACCUGGUCUUCUUGCUAUUGGCCAUUGAAUCCACCCACUCAGAGUCGUUUCUUCCGCUUCGAAGUUGUUUGCACCUGGGCCUUGGUCUUUUGGUCCUCGAUUUCGCUCGCGCCGACUCACUACUGCUCUUGCGGUCUCGGGCACGUGUAGGCUCAGUGGUGUCCACUUGCGGUCUGCUCUGGUGUGGUUCUUUCAUGCCGCUUUUGGACUAUAUUCAAUGUGACUUGGCCGUGUUCUUGAAGAGUGUCUCAUGGGUGGGUUCAGUCAUGUUCGUGCUGGACUUCCUCCAUUUAGGACUGAUCAUUUCAUUGCGCGGUCCUGGUCACUUGGGCCUGGUGGUAUUGGCAACUGGGCUGUCAUGCUUGGGCUUUGUGUCCCCGCUACUUGUGACCGAAAGCACCAACCCUGGCCCCUUCUUGUCAGUGCACAGCAUCGCAUGUUCCGGCUUGGCCUCUUCAGUGCCUGAUUUCGCACGCAUGGGCUUGCCGCUUCUUCCACAAGGAUCUGGACAAGUUGACAGUAUGCCGUUGGUGAUGGGCAUGUCAAGGAUGGGACUCUGCUCGUUGAUCUUGGACGUGGCGCAGCUGGGCCUUCCAUUGUUCUCACACAGCCUUGCACGAUCAGACUCGGCAUCGUUCGCGUUCGACUUUUUACAUCCGGGUUCACCGAUGUUGCUGCAGUCUUCGUCACGCUCGGGCCCUACGAUGCUGCUUUUCGGGCUGUCCUGA